CAAUGAGUCACAGCUAGUAGCUUCAACUGACCUAUUUUUGCCUUUGUCACGCCGCAGGAUCCAUAUGAACGACGCGAAAGGGUUCAAUGCAGUUCUGUGGUCGUCAUUGCUAAGGAUAAAUGUGAGUAUACCUUUAAGGGCACCUCCCAUAGGUCGUUUAGGAAGUUAGGCCCAAGCAGCAGGCAGGCCUGGAAGCAGAGGCAGAAGGCAGCUAAAGGAGAGAAGGCCUGCUAUAAGCAGUUCUGUAAUAAAACCAUUUCUCGUUCAACUCCUCUGACCUGCUCAUCAUUAAACAAAGGACAUCGCAACCAUACGCUCAUCAAACAUCAAGUGACUGCACCGUGUGACUGUGGGUGGCAAAAAUGUAUCGUGUGGUAAGACUACUGAAUGUAUAGAUCCAUCCAAAGAGAAGCCGACUUCAAAUUCAAUGAAAUUAGGUCUAAUUUAAUAGGGAGACUGAGGGACCAACCUAAGGAAUUGACCUUGAGUGGAUUCCCCCAACUACCUUGACCUCACCAGAAGUCAUGGGCUGCAGAAAGCUUUCUGUGGAAAGUUGUUGGGGGCCGCACUCAAGUAGUGGGUGUGCCCAGAUCCAAAAGUGAUUGGUUGCUUUAGAAUUGUGAUUGUACUUUAUAUUUCGCUGGCUUUUAAUUUGAACAGUUCUGAGGACAUAUUUAACAGGGGGAUAUAGAAAUGUCUAUACGGUGGUAUCUUGGGUUACAGACGCUUCAGGUUACAGACUCUGCUAACCCAGAAAUAGUACCUCGGGUUAAGAACUUUACCUCAGGAUGAGAACAGAAAUUGCGUGGCGGCAGAAGGACGGCCCUAUUAGCUAAAGUGGUAUCUCAGGUUAAGAAUAGUUUCAGGUUAAGAACGGACCUCUGAAACGAAUUAAGUUCUUCACCUGAGGUACCACUGUAUAAGUAAAUGUGGGUGUGGUCAGGCCCUCACACAGCCAUGCACCCUUAAAACAAUCACACAAUCUCUCUCACUAAGGCAAACCCAGAGGACUAUUUCCCACUGAAACAGGCACGCCCCAGUUUCACCUUCCCUUUACCCCUGACCUUUUUUUUUGUAAAAUAAAAGCAAAGGGUUUUGAAACACCUCUCACCAAGCCCCAGCAGAAGAAUGCAAAUGUGCAUUUCAAGUCCUGCCUUAACAUCUAUUCAAAGUCUCAAACCUCAAAAUGCAGUUGAAUCCUGAAAAACAGCUUGCCCGUAUUUGCAAAACUCAUGGAUGACUUUGGGCAUAUUGGCAAGAAACACAAAUCUACUUCUCAACCUAGUCGUUCCACUCCCCAUGUUAUUGCAAAGAAAGGAGCGGCAAUUGCACACUUUGUACAACAUCAAACAGCUGGUGGUCAGCAGGGGAUCUAGAGUAGAACCCAGGUUUCAUCCACUGUCUCUGGCUCACAUACCAGGGCUUUCCCACCCCAUAAUAUAUGUGUGUUGUCUGUGCAUCAAAGCUGGGGUUUUCAGAAGUGUGAAAAAUUUGCUCUGCUGAAUAUCUGAUUGUACAGCAGGAAAUCAUUACAGCAAAAUCCAUGCUUCAGAUGACCUCUGAAACACAAGGCCCAGCUUAGAAAUGGGAAUGCAGAAGCAUAAUUGAGAUUCCUAACUGAAAUUUUCAUCAUUCUGAACAUUCAGACCAGCUCUUUCUGCAAUAACAUAUUUGGGUUUACCAGCAUAUUAUUUACGGGCCUCAUACGUUGAGCUUAUGCUUACUAACACAGCUUGACUCCAAGCAGAAAGAAUGCAGCCAUUAAAGAAAAAUAUAGCAUAAGCAUGUGCUGUGGAAUUAAAUGCUAAGCAGGGAGGGAAGCAAAAUCUGUUUCAAGUGUCUUGCUGAAGAGGUUUCUUUCAUCAGUAAAUGCAGCAGAAAGGGUGCUUGCCAGGACCCUUAUCAUAUUUACCUGGAAGUAACUGACAUUGAUUUCAAUGUCAGGAAUCCUGUUUACAGAUUAUAUAGCUUCAUGUGGCCUGAUCCUUAGAGUUUGAAGAUUAUGAGCCUGUGGGAUGGGCCUGUCUGUCUUCUGCUUUAGGCUGUGGACUAGAUUAAGAAACCAGAUUCUACAGUGUCCUGCUCAAAAUUCAAUAAACGCAAGAAGAAUUAGGUAGUGACUUAGUUCAAGUACAGUACAAGGAAUGUUGUUAACUUCUCUACUGUUGUGACUGUUGCGGUCAUCUGAUGAAGUCAUCCUGAUAGUUAUGGAUGUAAGCUGGCAUUGUUUAACUGUAUACCACUUAUGCCUAAAUCAAAAUAUUGUUUUAAAAGAUAUAUCCCACUUGUAUUGAAUCUUCUCCUUAAGAAUCUAUUUCCUCUCCUUUUUUCUUUUUGUUCUGCCUGGAGUUCUGCAGUACAAUUAAUUUUUAUGUAAAACCUGAUCAUCUUUCAAUUUCAGUUUUCAUGUUUUUGUUCUAGUGUUCUAAUCAAUAUAGAAUCAAUAGCUCUUAUCUUAACAACCACAUUCUCUUCAAAUUGCUUAAAUUGGUCAUUUAAAGAUUAAAAUUAUGUCACUAAUCAUUCAUUAAUAUCAUUAGUUGUUAGUGUAGAUACUUACAGAUCAACCAACCCUUUUCUCCAAAGGCUUCUACAGGAGAUUCUGUAAGAUAAAGCCUGUUCUUUUGAGAUAUAUAAACUCCAAGCUGAAAAAUACCAUCCUUAUAGAUAGGUUAAAGGUAAAGGUAAAGGGACCCCUGACCAUUAGGUCCAGUCGUGGCCGACUCUGGGGUUGCAGCGCUCAUCUCGCUUUAUUGGCCGAGGUUAGAGACCUAUAUAUUAAACACUGAGCUGCAUCUAUUUAUCACAUUGACUUGGUAAGAAUGAAAUUCAUUAUCAUUUCCACAGAGUAUAAUAAAGUUUAAUAUGAAGAAAGAUUGGCAUAGAUAUAAUUUUGAAUUCAUUGUUAGCCUCUGAAAAAGAAUACUAAGAGGCAAAUAUAAUCACCCCAAGUCUAGUUCUUGUUUAGCUUAACAAAAAAACUUAUAUGAGUGAAUGAAUGAAUACGUAAUUAAGGGAGAAAAGCAGGGGACCUGCAUACAAUCUAGACUAGAGGCAGAAACCAAUGGAUAUUCAAUAGCUUUUUUUAUAAAUAAACUUCCUUCACGGCAUGGCAGGGGAUCCAGUUUGAUCCGUGAGGCCAUUUUCAUCAAGCCACACCCACCUGCUCCCAUUACUCCUGCACUUCAUUAAUACGUUCAGGUCAAGCAGUUUAUGAGCACCAUGGUCCUGCAGCCUCUACACUUCUCUGUACCCCUUUCCCACAGGAGUUCUUAAGCCCUCUGUCCUGACAGCACAAAAAGACAGCAAUGUGUUUUACUGAGGCUGAAAACAUUUCAGGUUGAAGAUUCUUGCUUGGGGCAACUGAAACUUAUUACCUGAAAGCAAAUGCUUUACACAGCCAUAUUACUGACUUGCUGAAAUAAGGCAACCCAGAGGGAACUCCCUAGCUCUGGUUUGACAAGCUGAAAGACAUUCCUGCUAGCAGGUUCUGGCAGUAAGCUGAAGGGAAGCUAGGGGCUCUCUGCUUGCUACUUUCAGCCUGAGAUCCAGACUGACUGACAGAAGGGUGCACAGGAAUCUGGCCACAGAAGACCUUUGUGUCGUCCACAUAGGCACAUUCAUGUCUGGCUAUGGAUGCUGCCUAUCCAUAUUACGUUCCUUUCAUUGGAAAGCAUAGUCAGACACACAUCUGAGAGCAGGAAAUGCAGUGUGGAUAGAACACCCCACCCACCAGACAUGGUCAUGGUUCUGCAUUACAAGUUUCUGCUCUGCAGGAGUUCUCGUUGUCUUUCAUCCCGUUCAUACAGUGGAAAGAAACAGAUGAUGCUUUAGCAAAGGAAGGGCGAUGAUAGGAUGCUCGCCCCAUAACAGAACGUAAGAAUUGCCUGUUGGAUCAGCCUAGUGGUCCAUCUAGCCCAGCAUCAAGAAGACUUCAGGUAUUUCAUUGGUACUAGUUACAGGUAGGUAGCCGUCUUGGUCUGCCGUAGUCGAAACAAAAUUAAAAAAUUCAUUCCAGUAGCACCGUAGAGACCGACUAAGUUUGUUAUUGCAUGCACACAAAAGCUUAUACCAAUAACAAACUUAGUUGGUCUCUAAGGUGCUACUGGAAUGAAUUUUUUAAUUUUGUUUCAUUGGUACUGUUAUAAAUGGGCAAAACCUCACCACUUUGUUUCCAGGGAGGCAAUACAGAGGAUAGGGGGAAAGAAAAAUUAUAUAAUAGGGGCCACGACUCAAAACUCAGGUGAGUGACGAAGCAGAACCACUAGGUUCGGCAUGUUGGCAACAAGGCAAAUGACUCACAGCUGGAGUUUUUUGCACAAAGCCUUGAUCAUUGGUAAUUCUGCCCAUGAAAGGUACAGCAGGAGCCAAUUAAGCAGACGAGCCAAUUAUUAGGUGGCUGGGAGUCACCUGAAACAAGAGGCAGCAGAUUCUGAUAGAGAUUCUACAGGAACUUUUAAAAGGGAUUUUUAGCUGUUCCUUUUCUUUUAGCCUAAUUUGUGGUAAGGUCAUUGGGGGAAAUGAUGAGGGAUGCUGCACACCAGGGGUCAGAGUUGAUGGUGGCAUAGAAAUUCUUUAGUUUCCUUUUCCUUCACCAGUGAUAAUAACUUUUCAAAGACUAAAUAAAUUCUUAUUCAGGUUCCAUGUGGUACUAAGGAAGACUGCCACCUGAAGUUUGAAAGAAGGAUCACACCUGACCAGAGGCAUACUUAAGGUAAGCCAGGUCUUUUAAUUGGAAUUGAAACAAUAUUUAAUGCAUAUAUGCAUACUUUUUAAUGCUUUAUUAUGCUGAGGGGGCAAAGACAGAUUUAAUGUAUGAUUUAACUGCGCCCUUUUACCUGGGGCAGAGCUGAUUUUCUGGACCCUGGAAAACUUCUUGUUAGUAUACCUUGCAUUUUUCGGGAUUCUCCAUGAUUUCUGGAAGUUAAAUUUGUGAGUGGCAAAUAGAUACUGUGCAGAACUGGGCACAGAUCAGAGUUUGCGGGCUCUACAUUGUCCUUUUUAAAAAUAGAACCCUGACAUCUAGGUGCAACCAGUUUGGUGCCCGGUUCAAGGUGCUCAGCUCACAUUAGUGUUUAAACGCUAAUGUCUGAUCUAUUACCAAACCAUUAAAUGAUUUAGGAAGCAAUCCUAUGGCAAGAUCCACUGGUUUGAGUAGCUUAGGGUGCAGUGGGUAUCCAGCUCAGCUGCCAUUAAGUUCCCAGCUCUUGGCCCAGCUGAAGAUUGCCAUUGUACCCAGCUCAGUUCAGCCAAAGCUGGCUAAUCUGAGGCCCCUGUAAAUCCACAAAAGGGGUGUGUGUGCCGGAAGCCAGAACAGAGAGUGAAUACUCAGUCUGGAUCCUAAGCCUGUUCAGCUUGGUCACAUGACCUGGCAACUGGCCAUAGAACACUUAUUUUAAAGUCUUAUUUUCUCUUUGCCAGGCUUAGGCAGAGCUGAAUGGGAGUUUGAAUCUGGUGUAGCUUCAUGCUGGCUUAAUUUACAUUGGUUUGCUUUACAACAGCUUCUUGUGCGCAGGAUUGCUCCCUCAGCCCCAAAUAAGACCACCUUCUUUCCUAAAGACACUCUUGGCUUUUAGGAAUAUCUGUGGGAACCCUCUUGGUAGUUCCCAGAUAAAAACACACAGGAUUGCAACCUUACUACACAGCCCUAACCAUGUCUACUCAAAAGUAAGUUACACUGAGUGCAGUUGGAGUUUCUCCCAGGAAACCAGGCACAGAACUGCAGGACUCAGAGUAGACCUAUUGAAAUUAAUGGACCGAAUUAGUCACAUUACUCUGAGUAAAAAGUAGUUGAAUACCACCCUUGAGUUGCAAUGUUAACCCCACUUAUCCGGGAGUAAGCCCAUUCAGUUAAAUGAGGCAUAUGAAGAGAUGUGGUUAGGAUUGCAGCCUGUCUUUGUUGCAGUUGUGGAGAAAGACUUCAGAAAAUUAAAGCAAACAUUAGACAUAAACGAUAAAGCCUCUUCUACACCCCCUACUGAGUGUUUUUGAAAGUAAUUAAAGAGAGGCUGCUGUUUACUUGCUUUAUUCUUACUCAACUUGGUUUGUACCUUCAGCAGCUUGAUUUGCCAUUGUGCCUUCCCUAUUUUGCAGCCAUUCGUUUGACAUUUGUAUACAGCUGGAACGCUGCCUCUGUGAAAUAGGUGUGCAGAGUUCUGUACAAGAUGCACGUCUUGUGUAACAUCCAAUUACAGUGCAAGUUCCCAUACAAGAUGGGGAGUGAGAAAGGGGAAAUGCCAGAGGUGGCUUUUAUGCAGCUUGUUGUACAACUAGAGUCCAUUAGCUAAUGUGGAGGAGGAGGAAAUCUGCGACGUGUCAGUCACUGGCCAGGGUAUAGUAUAUAAUCCCCAAGCAAUCUAAUUUGUGGCAUUUCCUACAAGCCUACAGACAAUAAAAGAAGAGGACUGAAAUGUCCUCCAUGUGGGCUUCCUUCCAUCAGUUUAGUGCAUUAAAUUAACAAUAAUAAUAAUGCUUAUAAUUGUGAUGUUCAACACCUUGGCAGACAGGAAGCAAACAAACAAGUCUAUUAUUGAUAGCCAGUCAGUUUUUGCAGCCUGGCUGUUUUGCUUUUGAAACGAUGCAAGGGACAUACAAGCUGAGACUUCUCAGCCUUUGCCUAGGGAAGUAGAUAGAUGCUUCACAAACAAAUACAAAGAAGUGAUUCUCAUCCCAGACCUGGGAACAGGGAGACUAUGGAACCCAGAAGACAUAGGAGAUCUGUACCUGGGUCUCUGGCUUUUUGUUCAUUUUAAAAUUGGCACAGGGAGCUCUUAAUCUGAGGGCAGAGCAGGCAUGCAGGAUAGUAAGAAGCAGUCUGAGAGUAACUGGUUGCUCAUAACAAAUAAGCUUGGCUCAAGUCUGAGAUAUUAUAGGACCAUGUGGAAACUAUUGAAUCCUCAUGCCACCUAACUGCUGAACUGGUAGCUGCCUGCAGUAUAAUACCAUCUUUAGCCCAACAGCACUGGUGGCAUCUAUGUGCAACAGAAAGUGGAACUGGCCACUCUCUUGCUGGUAUGAGAAAGGAUAACAUGGUAGAUUCUUUUAUUCUUGAGCUCCAUGGUAGAGAGCUUCCACUCUACCCUUUCCCUUUUUGCCGUGGGUGUUUGUGACGGGGGGAGGGGUUGGUUGUUUUGUGCCCCCCCCCCAUUGUGUUAUGGAAGGACAAACAUUAACAAAAAUCUCUGAAAGAUUUCAGACCAUAUGUCUGGCAUUCACCACAGCCAAGUCAGAUCCUGUAUAAAAGCUGUGAAAUUCAGCCUUAGGGUUCUUCAGUGGACAAAUAAAAUCUGUAUGUCUUUCUGAUGCUUUACUCUGUCAUUGCUAAAUGCACAAAUAAAGCAAUCUGUUAAGACAUUAUUUCUGAAAUGCAUUACCCCAUUCAAUACAUUGAAUUGCCAUAGUCUCUUUUUGCUUCUCUUCAGCACCAUGCCAUGGUGUGUGAGGUUCAGUCAUAAGUUGGCAGCCUGUACUUACACAUUAUAGACUUCGCCCCUUUCUGGGCAACCUAUGCUUCUAGCAGGUGUUUCUGUGGAUUCUCACCCAAUUCGGUAGGCAGACACUGGUGGAACGGGAAACUGAGGAACCUUGCUGCUCUUUCGAGAGCUCUUGGGCCAAAGAGCAAGUUAACUGAUGAAAAGAAACCCUUGGGCAUAUUUAGAUUCUUGUGGCAUCUUUAAUAGUGACAGAAGCAUUAUAUGACACAAGCUUUCUUGGAUCACACUCCACAUCAUCAGAUGCAUGUAGUACAAUCCUAAACUGGUAGGCAUAUGUACACACAUGGUUGGAGGAACAGAAAGAAGGGAGGUAUGGGAAAAGCAAAAUGCCAUGAGAAGAGAAUAGUUGCAGUGAGAGUAAAAGAAGGUUGUGUUGGUGGUAACACACAUAACCUGGCAUGCAUAAGCUCAGCAAGAUGUCCUUUAUAAAAAAAGUAUAAAUCAUACUUUUUUGCUUAUAUGCUGCUCCGCUCUGCCCCACUUUGUCUUGCAAAUUGUUCUGCAGAUUUGAAGCUUCUCUCACCCUACCUGCGGGGUUAGCCUGUCAGCUGCAUUUACUCCAAUGCUCUGAAAGCACCACUUAGCACAUUUCUAUUAGUUUAGAACUGUAAAAGUGCUUCUAUAAACAUUUUAGAACGGCACGUCACAAGAGCUGUGGUGCAUUCACCGGCUGAUCUGAGCUGACCCUUUCAAAACCUGCCCCGAAACCUGCUUCCAGAAUGUCUCUAUUUUUGGGUGGGAUUCAGUCGCAUACCGUCAAAUUCAGGUUGAGCAAUUAGAGCUCAUUGGAAGAUCUUGUGCAACAAACCCACUUCCCCAAAAGAUCAGACUUUUUACAGUGAGGAAAGUUACAAGAAAAUGCACUGGGAAAGUGUGGGAUAACUGCAGGGUCAUCCAGCCUCCCCACAAAUAAAUCAGAUUAAAAGCUCAUUAAACAGUAGUAUAAUCUGCCUGCAAACAAAUUGGGAUGAAUGCUCAAUAAACAGGGCAUCGAGAAGUGCCCUAGCAAGGAGAUUGUUGAUCAACACAGAGCAACCAGCUGUUUUCAGGUCACCAUGCUGUGGUCGUAAUAGAUUUAGCCUUUUAGCAGGCAGAAAAGGACUGAGAGGAAAGGAAGACAGGCUGGCUGGCUGGCUAUAUUUCAGUAGCCUACAGCUGGGAAUCAGUGGACCAAAUAAGCCCCUAUGUCUUUCUAAGCUAGUGGCUAUUGUGCUUUCAGACCCCAGUCAGCCAGGAAACAUAGGUUGUUUCCUGAAGUUUCUCUUUCUCUUUUUGGACAUGCAGAUUAGCAAGAUGAGGCCUUUUGGGUCUCGUGCAGCUAUGAACGUAUCAGCAAAAACAAGUGAGUGGUGGAGAAGAAGGAUGUGGCCCCUGCCUGACACCCAGUGUGAUGUAGAGCUCAGAAUGCUGUAAGUUCAAAUCCCGCUAAGCUGCAAUUGUCACCAAAUAGCUCUGGACCGGCUACUAUCUCUAACCUAGACUACCUUACAGGGCUGCUGUGAGAAUAAUGGGAGAGGUUGCCAGUGACCUUUUGGAGUGACCACACAAAUGGAAUGGUAAUAAUAAUACACAUAAAUGCCACUGUAGACUAGGGCACAUGACGUGGUGUUGUGUUGCAAAGGUGUGGAGUUAGAAGUCUGGAUUUAUGGUAUUAACUUCUCAGUGCCUCAGAAGCUGGAAACGGCCUUGGCCUGCCUGGCCCUCUAAGAGCAGCUGCUUUUCAGGGCUCUGCUUGCUCUGCCUGCGAUGAUGGAGUUAGGCUCUCCCCCUUGUCCUUGGAGAGGCGCGUGUUUUGCACCGGGAGAGUAAUUGAUAUUAUUGCCAAUCCUGACGCACUGCAAAGCGAAAACAACACCCUGGCAAUGCUUGCUUGCUUGCCUUAAAUGCUGUUAUCUAACAACAAUGCUUCCAAAUCCCACAGCCGGCCUCUUCUUUUAACACGUGCAGCACUAUCUGACUGUCUCUGUGUCGGUUUGCAGCAGUCACACUCCCAGGCACAUGCGGAGGAGCUGCUGCUGUGUGCUGCGGAGGUUUCGGCUCUGCUUAUGUAUUGCUCCGAAUGUAGCACACCAUUAAAAAAGGAAGUGGGGGGCGGGGGGAAGAGCGGCAGAUGCAGUGGGGAUGCUCAGCUGUGCAGGGCUUUGCGAAGAAGCCCAGGCUGCCUUUUCCAGGUUCCUUAAAGCCCUUUGAGAUAAUCACGGGCUUUAACACUUCACAUGUCUGCUGCUUCCUAGAAGGAUGUAUUGCCCUCAAAUCUUCAUCUGAACUCAGAACACUUUGCAGUGUCUACAUACGUACGUACAGACAUGGGUCACCACAGGGAGCAGGGCCAGAGGGCCAGUCCUCCUGCCCUGGAUGAACCAUAAUCCCCACAUUCCCAAUUUUCAUUAUCAAAAAAAGAGUAAGUUUGUGGUAUUUGUAGAGCCUGAGAUAUGAAGCAAUUUAUUUUUUUAUAAGAUAUUUAUUAAAGUUUCAAAAAUAAAAAAAGAAGUUACAAUAAUAAUAAUAAGAACAAGAAAAAAAAGAAAAAGAAUAAAAAAAGAAAGAAGAGAAUACAAAAUGCAAAAAAGUAAAAACAAUUAAAAACAAAUCAAUCUUUCCAUAUUUUGUCUUUCAUUCACUUGUUUCCCUGACCUCCUCACACCUCCCCUUUUUUUGUAUUCCAGUUCAGUAAGUUAAAUUCAGCAAAUCCUUUCCCUCUUUGUUUUUAUCUUAGAUCUUUAUCUUAAUAUAUAAUAACUGUAUAUUCUCAUCUGUUAGCAGUCCAUUUUUACAUACUCCUUGUAGCAUUGCUACUAAAAACCCCUUAGCUUCAUUCCAACAUCAUUCUAACAUUCAUUAAUUUUACAGUAUUUCUGUAGAUAGUCUUUAAAUUUCUUCCAAUCUUCUUCCACCAACUCUUCUCCCUGGUCUCGGAUUCUGCCAGUCAUUUCCGCCAGUUCCAUAUAGUCCAUCACCUUCAUCUGCCAUUCUUCCAGGGUGGGUAGAUCUUGUGUCUUCCAGUACUUUGCGAUAAGAAUUCUUGCUGCUGUUGUGGCAUACAUAAAGAAAGUUAUAUCCUUCUUUGGCACCAAUUGGACGACUAUGCCCAGGAAAAAGGCCUCUGGUUUCUUCAGGAAGGUAUAUUUAAAUACCUUUUUCAUUUCAUUAUAGAUCAUCUCCCAGAAAGCCUUAAUCCUUGGGCACGUCCACCAAAGGUGAAAGAAUGUACCCUCAGUUUCUUUGCAUUUCCAACAUUUAUUAUCGGGCAAAUGAUAAAUUUUUGCAAGCUUGACUGGGGUCAUGUACCACCUGUAUAUCAUUUUCAUAAUAUUCUCUCUUAAGGCAUUACAUGCCGUGAACUUCAUACCUGUGGUCCAUAACUGUUCCCAGUCAGCCAUCAUAAUAUUAUGUCCAACAUCUUGUGCCCAUUUAAUCAUAACAGAUUUCACUGUUUCAUCUUGAGUAUUCCAUUUCAACAGCAAGUUAUACAUUCUUGACAAAUUCUUAACUUUAGGAUCUAACAGUUCUGUUUCCAGUUUUGAUUUUUCCACCUGGAAGCCAAUUUUCUUGUCCAAAUUGUAUGCCUCCAUUAUUUGAUAAUAAUGAAGCCAAUCUCGCACUUUAUUUUUUAGUUUUUCAAAGCUCUGCAAUUUCAAUUUAUCUCCCUCUUGUUCCAGAAUUUCCCAAUAUUUCGGCCAUUUGGCCUCCAUAUUGAGCUUUUUCUGAGCCUUCGCUUCCAUCGGUGACAGCCACCUUGGAGUUUUAUUUUCAAGUAGAUCCUUAUAUCUUGUCCAGACAUUAAACAAUGCUUUCCUGACAAUAUGGUUUUUAAAUGCUUUAUGUGCUUUGACCUUAUCAUACCACAAAUAUGCGUGCCACCCAAAUACAUUGUUAAAACCUUCUAAGUCCAAAAUGUCUGUGUUUUCAAGAAGCAGCCAUUCUCUCAGCCAACAAAAUGCGGCUGAUUCAUAGUAAAGUUUAAGGUCUGGCAGGGCAAAUCCACCUCUUUCUUUUGCAUCCGUUAGUAUUUUGAAUUUUAUUCUGGGCUUCUUGCCCUGCCAGACAAAUCUGGAAAUAUCUCUCUGCCACUUCUUGAAACAGUCCAUUUUGUCCACAAUUUGCAGUGUUUGAAACAAAAACAACAUUCUUGGCAAUACAUUCAUCUUUAUCGCAGCGAUAUGGCCUAGCAGUGAAAGCUUCAAAUUUGACCAUAUUUCUAAGUCUUUUUUCUCUUCAGUCCAACAUUUUUCAUAGUUAUCCUUAAAUAAAUUCACGUUUUUAGCAGUCAUGUUGACCCCCAAAUAUUUCACUGUCUUAACCAGUGUUAAUCCUGUCUCCUUCUGAAACCUCUCUCUCUCAAUCGCUGUUAAAUUUUUCUCUAAAACCUUAGUUUUUAACUUAUUCAACUUAAAUCCUGCAACCUGACCAAAUUCUUGAAUCCGUUCUAUUACUCUUUUAGUACUAGAUUCUGGCUCCUGUAAUGUCAAUACGAAGUCAUACUAAGACUUCCGGGGUGGCGCCAUCGGUAAUGGCGGAUUCCCUCUGACUCGGAGGUACCGGCUCUGCGGGAAUCGGGUCUGUACCGCUACGGCGAAGCGGGGACCCUUCAAAAAUCACAGGCGGGUGAAGCCUGUGAACGUGGGACUCGGCGGGCACCUUUCGCACCCCCCCCAAUUCGCAAAGGGACCCAACUACGGGCUCCGGAGCCAAGCGGGGUGAGUGGCGCGGUGCUGUGAGUCAACUGCUUCUUCCGCGGAGCGAAGCCGCACAGCCGUUACCGGAGAGCGCUGUCUUCUUCCUGUGACAAUUCGACUACAAAAAGCAACUACCCGUGAGUAGGACAAAUUGGAAAGAAAAAAAAGGAAGAAAAAAAAGGCUUAAUUUGGCACCGAAGCGGGAAGGCAUAAACAGGAAGUCCGCCUUCCAUUUCUUGUAAAUAGACUAAAGCAAAGAAGCUGUAAGCUAAAGACCUGGAAAGUCGAUCGGGAAGGACUAAAAUCCAAACGUCAAAAUAAGUGAUUUCCCCCCUUGGUUGCAGGAGAGGAGGGGGAAAAGGUUUGAACUAUAUUUUCCUGCAAAAGAGAGGGAAGGAAGUAAGAAUCCACUGCUUAAAACCUGGAAACGGGCUGCCAAUGGACAGUAAGACUGCCGUAUUGCGAAAUGCGCUGUCUGUGAACAGAGUACUUUUUGACAGCUAGCUCUGCAAAGGAGAUAUAUUGUUUCUGGCUGUCUCCUCCUGAUCUUAAAGUGACUGAGAAGUAACUGAAAUUGAAAUUGUUGCUUAUUUGGUGAAAUGGGGGUUUAAAAAGAGUUAUUUUUUAAAGCAACAAGUUUUGACUGUUACAGUUUCCCCCCCUAGAGGAAAUCUUCGAAAUUGUUACAACAAUUGGGCUAGGGGAAUUUUCCACUUCAAAACAAAUUAUAGCUGUGGGAUUGACCUUGUGUUCCAGCUAAAGUGUUAUGGCAGAUGGAAAAGAAAAAGUAGAUCUGUUCCAAGACAAAACAAUGAGGUCUGGGAAAUCCUGGCUGCAGCGAAGAGCAUCAACAUCUGGCCCUUCUGCACCAUCAGCGGCUGCAACUAUACAAUCUAAGUCAAAAGGCAUGGCAUCUGAAGAUGUUUUAGCACUUGCACUAGGCAAAAUAAAUGAAUCGCUGGAAAAAUUAAGUAAACAAGUGGCUGAAGCAUCAACUAAAAUUGAUCAAAACACCAUAAGCAUUAACAAUCUGGGACAAAAGGUGAACACUAAUACAGAAACUAUAGAGAAAUUGCUACAGGAAUCUACUUCGACCCGACAGAUUGCUGAAGAAGCCAAGGAAAAAGCAGUUGCUGUAGAGGAGAAGAUACCAGCCCUACACAGGCAACUUGAGGAUCACAGGUCAACACUUUCUAUGAUUGAAUUGAAGGAGAAACAAAUGAACUUGAGGAUCAGGACUGUGCCUGAACUAGAGAAGGACAGUCUGACUGACUUUCUUGCGCAGGAAUUUGCAGACUUUUGGGAUUUAGAUUUGGAGAAGGAAGAAUUUAAGAUAGUGAGUGCUUUUAGGCUUGGAAGAGGGGGGAAGAAGAGCAGGGUGAGAGACUGCUUGAUUGCCCUCCGAACAAAAGAGGAGAGAGAGACAAAAUUUUGAGCCUGCACUUUCAGAAGACCUUGGAAAUACAUCAGUCAAGAGUGGAGAUUUUAAAAGAUAUUCCGAAAUACCUUUUGGAUCUUAGGUCCAACUACGGAGACUUGGUUGCCCUGUUGAGAAGUAACAGAAUCAUUUUUAGGUGGGAAUUCCCCCAAGGUCUAUCUUUUAGCCUUAAAGGAAGAAAGAUAAAAAUAAGAUCAGUGGACGACAAAGAAAGAUUUUUGAAAGACCACGGAGAAGACCUGCAGAAAGAAUCUGGAGAAGAGCUAAGUGCAUUGGACAGAGAACCGACAGACAGAAGACCAAAACAAAAGCAUCGGACAAAGGACUAUUAAAAGAGGAAUACUAGAUAUAGCUACAUUACCCUUUGGAUUGGACUCCUCAGAGAAAGUGACAAUAACACCACUGACAGAACAAGAACAAACACUUGGUGCAGUUGGAGGAAAAGCAGAGUAAUUACAUCAUGGCUUUGCAACUAUUAAGUUGGAAUACUAACGGUUUGAAUUCCCCUCAAAAAAGGAAAAGAGUCUUCCAUUUAUUAAAACAGGAACAAUUGGACUUGAUUUGUUUACAGGAAACACAUGUGGUAAGGCUACACAGAAAAGUAUUGAUCAACAAAAGACUGGGUCAAGAGUUUAUUUCAUCGGACAAAGUCAAAAAAAGGGGAGUAGUGAUUUACGCAAAGGAAAGCCUAUCACCGAAAUUUAUAUUUAAAGAUGACCAAGGAAGAUUCGUGGCAAUCGAAAUUCAACUACAAGGAGAGAAAUUCUUGAUAGUAGGAGUUUAUGCACCAAAUGAGAGGAAAUCAGAUUACUAAGGAUGGUAGGCUACCGAAAACCUUCUUUGAGAUGACUGACAAUUUGGAUUUAGUUGAUAUUUGGAGAACAAAGAACCCCUUGGGUAGAGAGGGAACUUUCUUCUCUGAAGCCAAAAUGACAUGGACAAGAAUUGACCAAAUUUGGGUAACUAGAGGACUGGCUCCAAAGACAAGAAAAGUGGAAAUUUGCCCUAAAACCUGCUCCAACCAUAAUGCUGUAAAGAUGGAGAUGAAACUAACACCAAUUGGCUCUUUCAGAUGGAGGAUGAAUGACACCCUGUUUAGGGAUGAAGAAGUGAUUAAGAAGGCCCAAAAAACCUUGAGAGAUUAUUUCGAGAUUAAUACGAAUACUACUGUUGAAAAAAGAGUAAUCUGGGACGCAAGUAAAGCGGUUAUGAGAGGGUUCCUGAUACAACAGAAUGCAAUAAAGAAGAGAACCCAAAAUGAGAAGAAAGAUAAAAUUCUGGAGAAAAUAAAGGAAGGUGAGAAGAAAUUGAGAGUAAAACCAAAGUUGCAAGAGAUUUUGAGAGAAAUAAAGUUACAUCAAGUACAAUACAUGAAAAUGAUGAAUCAGGAAAUAGAAUGGAAAAUUAAACAGAUGAGACAAAAGACAUUUGAGUCGGCCAAUAAAUGUGGGAAAUUGCUGGCCUGGCAAAUGAAAAAAAGACAAAAACUUAAUACUGUUACAAAUUUGGAAGUGGAAGGAAAGAAUAUACAGAACCCAGUGGAGAUUAGAAAUUGUUUCCAGAGGUACUUUAAACAACUAUAUACACAAGGGCCACAGAAAGAAAUUGACAUAGAUCGAUUUUUGAAAAUAAAUGGACUACAAAAAAUCUCUCAAGAAAACAAGCUAAUGUUGAAUUACAAAAUAACUGAACAGGAGGUAGAAGGUGCCAUCCAGAAUAUGCAAUUGGGUAAAUCUCCAGGGCUGGACGGUUUAACUUCAAGAUACUAUAGAUCUUUGAAAAAUUGGAUAAUACAACCACUAAAGGAAGUUUGUAAUGAAAUUUUGGAAGGGAAAAAAGCACCAGAGUCGUGGAAAGAAGCUUACAUUACACUUAUACCGAAAACUGAGUCUGAGAAGACACAGCUUAAGAAUUACCGCCCCAUAUCUCUGCUUAAUGUGGAUUAUAAAAUUUUUGUAGAUAUUUUGGCUAAAAGAUUAAAAAAAGUAUUAGUGGAAGAGAUACAUAAAGAUCAAGCAGGCUUUCUCCUGGGCAGACACUUGUCUGAUAAUAUGAGAAACAUAAUUAACAUUUUGGAGAAAUUACAAGUGAACGUUAAUACCAAGGCAGUUUUGAUAUUUGUGGACGCGGAGAAAGCUUUUGACAACAUUUCCUGGAGUUUUAUGAAGAGGAACCUACAGGGGAUGGGGGUUGGUCAAGGUUUUGAAAAUGGUAUAAGUGCAAUAUAUUCUGAACAAAAGGCCAAACUAAUUGUUAACAAUGUGGUGACGGAGGAAUUUAAGAUAGAGAAAGGGACACGACAAGGUUGCCCAAUUUCCCCAUUGCUUUUUAUAUCGGUCCUGGAGAUUCUUUUAAAUAUGAUUAGAAGGGACCAAUUGGUUAAGGGUAUACAAGUCGGAGCCAAACAGUAUAAAUUGAAAGCAUUUGCAGAUGACUUAGUAUUGGCAAUUUAUUUAUUUUUUUGGUGCGAAACUAGCCUGUUCUCUCCUUUCAGUGUUUGUACUUUGUACCCUUGCCCCACCUCCCAAAAUUUCCUGUAGAUGUACAUGCACACAGCUGCCGAAACGAUUCACCUGUCUCAUUGCUUGGACUACAUAUUGCUUUUCCUUAAAUCCCUACCCUUCUGUCCUCUCCCAAUCCCAGCCAGUGAAUUGUGCUCAUGCAGCUCCCCCACUCUCACCAAUCUUGAAAGCCUCGCUGCUAGACAGGUUUAAUUAGCCAGGCUGCUAAGGAGCAUAGGAAGCUACCUUAUAACCAAGCCAUACCAUUGGUCCAUCUUGCCAGAGUUAUCUGCACUGACUGAUGAUGGCUUUUCAGGGUUUCAGACAGGGAGCCUCUUCCAGCCCUGCAUGGAGAUGGAAGGGAUUGAACCUGACUGAGACCUUCUGCAUACAAAAGCUCUGUCACUGAGCUACUGCACUUCCCCGACUUACAUCUGGCGGUCCUGCUCUUAGAGUGCAUGCUUAGUUCAGAGAUGGGUUAAAUAAAAGUGUUUGCCUAGUUCUUCUGUAUCAUUGUUAUUAAACAGGGCAUUGCUGCUUGUAUCAUACAACUUAAAAACCACUGUCUGUGGAACACUGUUUUAGAGUGUCAUCUAUGCCAGCCUUGCCCGGGGUCACACCCUCCAAAUGUCUGAGGUUGCAAUUGCAUCAACUCCAGCCAGCAUAGUCUGACCUAUGCUUUCACCCAGACUCAUUUAGGAUAUAAUUUUCCAGCUGCAGUGAAAGAUUUUAGAUGGUUUGCACUGCAUGGAAAGCCUUUACCAGAACAUCCAUCUCCAACCUCCUGCUAUGUUUUGGACUACAACUCCCAUCACCUAUUGGCCCUGCAGGCAGGAACUGAUGGGGGAUUGAGUCCAACCCAUAUGCAGGGCAUCAGGCUGAAGAAGGCUGUGCUAGAACAUAUAUUACAUAGACACAAUGACAGCUGUGGCAGCCUAACAUGCCAUCCACCUCAUCCUGAUUCUCUAGCGCAGCAGUUCUCAACCUGUGGGUCCCCAGAUGUUGUUGGACUACAACUCCCAUCAUCCCUGAGCUCUGGCCUUGCUAGCUAGGGGUGAUGGGAGUUGUAGUUCAACAACAUCUGGGGACUCACAGGUUGAGAAAGGCUGCUCUAGCGGUUUAGGCUGCCUUCUGAAUGUGCACGAUUAUGCAUGUCGCAAAAAUUAAAAACUUGGGGAGAAUGUAGUGGCAUCUUAAUAUUUAGCUGCAAAACAAUUGUAAAAAUGUUCCCGUGGUAUGAAUCAGCAUUCAGCACUGUGCAGACUGGCAAACACAUUCUGUUCUGCUUCCCAGGCAGUUACUUGACCUUAAUUAACUCUAGCAUUUGCUCUGAAAACAGGCUGUGGAACACUCACUUUGGCACAAAGAAAUUACAAGCAUGUCUGGCUGCGAUUCCUGAAAGAUGGCGCAUGCUUGGGUUUCUGUCAACACCUGAGAUCAGUCAACACUUGUAGGUAUUCAGUGAUUGCGAGCAUGACUGAAUGUGUAUAGAAUAUUUUAUAAACAUCUAUUAUUAUUAUUAUUAUUAUUAUUAUUAUUAUUACCCUCAUUUUAUUUCUAGACCACCCUGACAAUUGCAGGACAGUACACAGAAAUGCAUAAAGUAAGAAUAAAUACCAUGCACGCUUAAAAUACCAUAAAGUACAUCAUGCAGCAGACAUAAUCUCAACACACUCUGUAUAUCAUGUAUGGUAUACAGUACUAUAUAAAUUUCACCUUAAACCCUUCAGAUGGCAACAGAAAGAGAACAGUUAGGGGAUAAAGUGUACCUUCAGUGGGAGAGCAUUCCACAGUGGGGUUCUUAUUUCAGAGAAAGCCCUGCUCUGUGUCACUGCCUGGGUGAAAUCUCCCUUCACCACCAGCAGCUCCCACCAGGGAUCUUAAAGGCCAGGUUGUAGCAUAUUGGGAGAGGCAGCUCAUCAAAUAUUUGGGUCCUGGACCAUUCAAGGCUUUAUACGCUGAAGCCCAAACCUAAAACUGAGCACAGUAAGCACAUAAGCAACUAUUUAUGGGGACGACUGAUGAGCGAAAGACACUGUCCUUGGCAACCCUGAGAUUGCUGGUUGAGAAAAGAACAUGAGAAGAGCCUGGUGGAUCAGACCAAUGGCCUGCCUAGCCCAGCAUCCCGUUCACACAGUCGCCAACCAGAUGCCUAUGGGAAACAUGCAAGCAGCAUUCAAGCACAAGAGCCUUCUCCCCUCCUGUGGUUUUCAGCAACUGGUACUCAGAAGCAUUGCUGCCUCCAAAUGUUGACGCAGAGCAUCGCCAUAAUGGUCCAUAGCCAUUGAGGGCCCUCUCCUCCAUGAAUUUGUCUAACCCUCUUUUAAAGCCAUCUAGGUUGGCGGCCACACCACCUCCUGUGGGACCAGGAUUUUCUGGUCACGAUUCACUGCAAAGCUGCUCUUCAGAAGCCCCAAAUGGAUGGCAGGCUGUGGCUUCACAAUGUCAAGCCGUGGAAAGCUCUCUUUCAGAAGGUUUGUGGAGGCCCUUCUAUCCCUGCUUUCAGAUUUUAUUUUUUUGAAACAGAUGCACUUUUCAUGCAGGCUGAUUCCCCAUAGCUUUGUUUUAUAAUGCUACUGUUUUAAUAGGCAUGUUUGCAUUUUCCCACCCUGAAAAGAUCAAUGCUUUGUGUGUGUUCCAAAUGAACCCUACAAGGCCAGGAAAGCUUGCUGAGAAUCACCCACUCUGCCUUGCCUCUACCUCCACCAAAACCAUAGGAACUUACCUUUGCAGGUAAAGGACAAAAAGAGAGGUGGCCGUGAGCACUCUCACCCCUGUUGGUGUGUCACUGGAAGGGGAAGGGAGAGGCAGAGGUGGUACUAAGCAGGAUCUGGGCAGACACAGCCCUAAUCACAGCAAGUAUGUUUAGUCCAGUCUUUCCCAGAUGCUCACAACAAGCUUUGAAUAAGUUAGUUGUUUUAAAGCCAACUUUAAAAAAUAUUUCAUUUAUGCUUAUGAUGCCUUUGGAGGAGGGGCCCACGUGGAGCCCAAAAGCAGCAUAUAAAUAAUGUAUCUAAAUGGCUUGUCCCAUUGAUUUUUUUAAUUAUUUUUUGAGGGUCUGAAGCAUGGCUAGAUUUGGCCCCACACCCCUCUUUGCAACAAAUGAUAAAUACUAGUAAGAUAUCUGAGAAAGGAUGCAGGAACACCUGGGGGAGGAUCAAAAUGAAUUUUUCCACUAAUUGCUUUCUUGCAUCAGUUGGCUCAGCCCUUCACUUUUCUAAUAUGGUCAAGUGGGCAGCCGUAUUGCAUGACAUGGGCUGUCACUGAUAAGGCUAGCGGUAAUCCCUGUGAUAGCAGAGGCUUGAAAACAGUGGUUUCUGGGAUACAGGCUGUAUCUGGUUCACAUGUUAACAAUUAUUAGUUAUGAGCUCCCACCCCAAAAUGAUCGAGAACUGCUUGCAUGUCAAACAAAAUGGCGGGAUAUAAGUGAAAUAAGUAAAUGUGUGAUCUGGUCACAAUAUGGUUUGGUAUCCUGGCUCCAGGGAAUGGCCAGAAUUCACAUUCUGUGACCCAUGAUGAACUAGCCACGAUGGCUAUGUUAUACCUCUGCUGUUGAGCCUGUACACCUCUGAGUGCCAAUUGGUGUGAAUCACUGUUGGACGUGGUUCCUGCCUGCCAACUUCCCUUAGAGAUCUGGUUGGCUACUGUGAAAACAGGAUGCUGGACUUAGAUGGGUCUGUGACCUGAUCCAGCAGGGCUCUCCUUAUCUUAUUAUGACACUGCUCUAUAGCUUAGAUAGGUGGUGAAUUUAAGGAAUAUGUUCUUAAACAGAGGUAUGGAGGGUCUUUUAAGAUAUUUGUUCCUGCUAUUUUAAAAAAGGAAGCACUGUAAUGAGUGGAUACUGGCUUUCCUUUAAAAAAUAAAAUAACCCAAAGGGUAGGCAACAGUGGUUAGAGUGGUUGGCAAGCAACAACAACCAGGACUUAUUGCAAGCAUUUUAAUUUAUUAAACGGAACAUUGGCUGUUGACUUAAACAGGAGCAAGAUUGUGCUCAUCAAUUGGAGGUUAGCAGAGGUUGGCGAUUCAGCUAAUUGAGGAAUCUUCACAGCACGCCAGGAAAGUCCUUCCAGGACUGACAUUGCAGCACAAAUACUGGAAAAUGCAAAGUGUCCAGCAACCUUGGAUGUUCCAGACAGUGCUUUGCUGGAAACAAUAUUUCAGUGCAAGCCAGCCAAGUAGCUAUACUAAUGACAGGUAAUGGUUGGGAUGAGGGCCUGAGCAGAGCAUUUAGCUAUGCAUUUCAAUACUAGGAACCAAUCUGAUUGCUGGCAUUACUUCGAUUUUUGUUGUUGUUAAUUAAAAAACAACUAAAAUUUCAGACGGCUUGGGUAUUGACUAGAGACUUUAGAUUGGACAUAGUCUUCUUCAUUAUUUACAUUAUUUAUAUUAUAUACUGUGGCGCCAUCCAUUCUGACUCAUAUUCUUCCAGUUCCUUAGAACUCGCUUCUUCCACAAAUAUUUUACUUCUGCCCAGGUGGAAGCAAACUUUGGGAUUGUGUAAAGCCAAGAUUCACCAUCCAGAGCCUGGGGGGAAGGCCAUAGCUCAGUGGUAGAGCACCUGUCUUGAAUGAAGAAGGGUGCAAGUUCAAAACCCAGUAUCUCCAGGUAGGGCUGAGAGAGACUCCUAUUAAAAACCCUGGAGAGUCACUGUCAGUGUAGACAAAACUAAGUUAGAUGAGCCAAUGGUCUGACUUGGUAUAAGGCAGUUUCCUAUCUUCCUUUGUGCACAGUGUGAGAUUCAAAAUGGUUGUGGAGCCAGUUACAUACAUCUCCCCGUAAGCCAUCUUUCUUCUUCUUUGGCAAACAAUCGUAGCCGAGUAAGAUUGUCUUCCAUGAACACGGUCUUAACAGUAGGUGACUGUGGAGGCCAAUUCUAGAUCCACACAUCCUUCCACAGUGGGGACAUAGGUUUCCUGGUGGGAGUUGAUCACGGUGAGGGUUUGCCAAAUGUAUCUUCCUCUUAGCACAUUUUUCCCUUGCAUCCUGAGUUUGAGCAUCUUCAAAGUCCAUGAUGCCUUUGGUAAAGCCUGUUCUCCAACUGGAAAACUCGCAGGCCAGUGUUUCCCAAUCAAUUGUUGGUGUUUAUACUACAUUUUUAAAGAUUUGCCUUGAGAGAGUCUUUAAACCUCUUUUGUUGACCACCAGCAUUACACUUUCCAUUUUUAAGUUCGGAAUAGAGUAGCUACUUUGGAAGAUGAUAAUCAGGCAUCCGAACAACAUGACCAGUCCAUGUUGAGAUGAUAGCAUAUAACAGUACAAACCCUACCUAUAAGUUACAACUGUUCAUGAAUCCUAACUGUCUAAUGUGAGAGACUGAACUGCUUAGGCAAUGGAACUUUGCUAGCUGUUUUCUCUGCAGCAAUCUGCUGUUGAAGAGGCUAGCAAUGUAUUUUAACUGAAUGCUGACUUAUCUCUUUGGCAGUGGAAGCUGCUGUAACAAACAAAUGAAACUAUGUCUGUCUUUUUCUCCUCCUCCUCCAUGUGUUCAUACCCACUGGAUCCUGGUCCCCACCUGCAAUUUGUCCAUAAGUGCAGCCUUUAAAGUCUGCUUUUUUGAGAGUGGUGGGGGAGGGAGUAAUAGCUGUUAUUAUGAAAGAUCAUCUGUAUCCCAUGUGAGCAUUAACAAUGCCACAGUCCCUUAAAUGCACUUCCUUUUUUAUGAUACAUCACAUUUGCAGAGCUAGGAAAGCAGAACUCUUGGUGUGAUUGUUCCAAAUCACUAGCAAUAACCUUCUGGAAACAGGAAGUUGUCUUUAGCCUUGGUUUUCUGCUUGGUUACUCACUUGGGCAUUUCCAGACACUGCUUUAGCUCCAUAAUGUGUAGAGUUUGGAAAUAUUCAUGGAAACAGUUUGUGGGCUGGUACAGGAUGAGUCCAGGAUGAGUUGUGGAGUUCAUUCCUGUCAGGGCCAGCCCUACCAUCAGGAAGUGUGAGGCAGGAGCCUCAGGCAGCAUGUGCUGAACAACCUGCCCUGAACCUAGCCUGCUGCCCUUAGCAGCAUCUGGUUGGCCACUAUGAGAGCAGGGUGCUGGACUACAUGCCUAGAAUGCAAAGGAGGUGCCAUCUUUUAUUUGCCUCAAGCCGCAAAAUGUCAUGGUCCAGCCCUGAUUACUGUAGUAGUAGCACAUGGCUGCCUCAGCUGAGGGUCUUAUCCUUCAUGGCAAUGCAGUUGUAGACCGACAAGUCCCUCUCAUUUCUAGAAGCUUUUUGUUAGAAAGGUUGGCUCUACAAUAUCCCAACCACCGCCAGAAAUAUAUACAUAUAAAAUACAGUACAAAUUCCGCAUUCAGUACUAGACCACACAGCUGUCGCUGCUGCUGCUACCAUUAAUGCCAUAUGUAAAGCAACAAACAUUAGUUGCUUCAGAUUUCUUGUGAAGACGCCCUUUUGUCCUGGGUUUUCCCUGACCCUAAGUCUGGACCCUUUUAAAUAUGUUUUAGUCUUCUGAAUUUCUGUUUUAAUUUAUCUGUUUUUAUCUGCCUUCAUUUUGCUGUGUUUAGGUUGUUUUAGUUUUAAUGUUUUAAUGAUAUAUUGUUUGCUUUUUAGACCGUACAUUGCUUGGAGAUUUUUUUAAAAAAUAUUAAGCAGUAUAUAAAUGCUUUUAAAUAAAUAAAUGUAACAAUGAAGCAACAAUGAAUAAUCAAGCAACAAUAAAUAUCCAAAACAAUACACACAAGUCCAUAAAUACAUUGGGUGGUGUUCAACUACAUUUUACUCAGAAGGGUUCCAUUGAAAUGAAUGUACAUAGUUAAGGUAGUUAAUAGGUCUACUCUGAGUAACACCUUAUUUAUUAUUAUUUUAUAUAAAUUUUAUUUUCAGUUUUUCGGAAGUUUAUACACCUCACAAACACAUACAUCCAAUACAAUUGCAUAUUUGACUCCCCCCCCACACACUUUUGAAGUUCAUUUUCUAAUUUAGAUUUUAUAACACUGCAUUUUCCACUUUACUCUAUUUUUAGUUAUUCUUCCAUUUAUCUUAGUACAAUUUUAGCUGCUUGAUUUAAAUUAAUCCUACUAAUGAACUUGCUUGUUUGCCAGGGUUCCCCCCCCUUUAAUACCCCCCCCCCGGUUUCUUAUUACAGCUGUCAGUUUUGCCAUUUCAGCAUAAUCCAUCAAUUUAAUCAGCCACUCUUCCUCAGUUGGUACAGCAUGUUAUAUCCACCUCCGGGCAAACACCAUUCUGGCUGUGGUUGUGGCAUACAUGAAUAAUUUUUUAAGGUCCUUCGGAAUCUUUAUAUUCACUAUCCCUAACAGAAAGACUUCUGUUUUUUAAAAAAACUAAAGUAAUGCUUUAAUGCCACCCAUUGAAUUUACUGGGACCUACCUGAGACUAACGUAAUUGAGACUAACAGCCAUUUGUUGUAAUUAGUUUGUUAAAUUUACAAGUAAGAUGUUGGCAACUCCCUGAAGACAGCAUAUGUUUGUUCUGGGUAUUAAAUAUGGCCAUGGUUUUGAAUACCUUCCAUUAUGCUAGUCCGGUUACUGAUAAACCUAACCAAGCUUUUGUAAAAUGCAGGAAUAAACACUUGCAGACCACAAAAUCUCUCACACACACACACACACACACACACGUUAAUUGCUUUUGGCAGAACAUGUCAAGAAAGUUGAGAAAUUACUAAUAAACUGUCUGCUCCCUGAUACUAACAGGAUCACUAGCAUAAGGAAAGAAAUAUUUUGUCAAUAGGACAGUAAGUGCACAGCAAUUGCUUGCUUAGAAUGAAAUAACUAAACUGUAUGCACUGCUUCCGUCUCCACUGGCCUUUCCAUUAUAAUUAAACAUAGCUUGACAUACAUAUCACUGCCAUGCAUUAGCUUUGCUUACUUUGUUCACACAAUCAAAUGAAAACACUGUGUUCCAGUUCCGCACAUGCACCCUGAUUCAAACCAUAUUACUGGUCAUUAUCUGAUGUCAGCAGCAUUGUAGCGCAGUGCUGGAAUCUUAAUGUCUUGUUUUGUGACGCAACUUGUUUUGUGACACAGUGGGUGCUUCCAGACUCUGCAUGUUUACACAGAAGUAUUUGUACUUGAAUUCGUGUGGUAGGUUUGGCCUGAUGGCAUCUGAAGGCAAGAUUGUGUUGCAGGGAAUGAGUCUAUAUCUUAAGAGGUAUAUCUAUCACACAGCCGAGGAAUGUUUUAGCACACCUAUGAGUGUUUAGUGUCCCCCAGUCCACCUUACCCAAUAAAUAUCCAAAGUAUUUGAUAACAUUUCCCCUUCUUAAGACAGAAUUUAGGUACCGUCCAGCUCCGUGAUUCUGUAUUUGGGGUUUCUGAGGAGAACUAAUAGGGUUGAAUUGGAUUCCCAUCUUCACUUAUUCAAUUUACUUCUCAGGUUUUACUCUGUCGAAACUCUAUUAAGUGCAUUCAUCAAAACCACCCAUUCUUUCCAUCAGAGAUUACAUAAGCACUGAUGGAAAUGCUGGUCGAUACAUAUGAAAGCUAGGACAUUGGUGGGCAGGUGCUGAGCGCUAUUUACAAAAAGUCUCAUAAGGAAAUUUAUAUCUCAGCUACUUAACUAAUAGAAGACCCAUUCAAACUUGGAUUAGUAAAGAAAAAACCUUCCCCGAGCUUUCAGUCAAAUUGAUUAUCUUUCUUUGAGUGUGCAGCAACCCAUACUCCAAAUAUUUUAAUCUUAAUUUCCUAUACUGGAGGUGGUUUGUAACAAGGUCUGUUCCAAAAUACGAUUUUUGCUAACUCAUGUCUUCUUUGGCGAUCAGUAAGAUUGUCUUCCAUGCACAUGGUCUUAACAGUGAGUCUGUAAGUGACUGUGGGGGCCAGUUCUCGAUCCACACGUUCUAACUCAUGUACUCUUUACUCAAUUUACAGAAGUUAGAAGUACUCCUUGCAUAUUUUUAAAUUUUUUCUAAGGCCACCACACAAAUGCACACCCUAGUGUGCACAGUCUCUCUGGGCGUGUUUGUGCUCAAUGUAUUGUGCUGCUGUCAGUGUUGACAAUAAUGAGCUAAGUGAUCUGACCUGGCAUAAAGCAGCUUCCUGUGUUUUAUACUGGGAUGUACUGGGAUGUCUAUUUGUAUGCACAUCCCACUUACCCUAGGUCCAAUUCCACAGGGAGAGGGGACUUGGAGAAAGCAUAUUUUAGGGUGCAGAUCAGAUGAUGAUAAUCCUUCGCUUGCUUGGGAUCUGGUUGUUGCCUAGCAGCAAUCCCACUUGCCCAGUGACACCAUGAAGUGAGCAGGAAUGAGAAGCUGAAUGGCAAUGAUCCCUGGGAGACAGUGAUGCUUGGCAGCGACGCCACUCCUGCCAACACAAUUCCCUUACUUUUACACCAUCCCUAAACUGCAAAGAUGCAAUCCGCCUUGCAGCUUAAAGGAUCACAGUGGAAUUAGGUUUCCUUUUAGCCUAAAUGCCAGCUCUUUGCUGCCAGAAUUUGUGGGUAGCAAAGAGGGGGGAGGCAGUCUGCAUUUACAGCACUUCUCCCCCUUAGUUUUGAGGAGGCUAUUUUCUUUAUUCAUUUUUUUUUCAUACCUAAUGCCACACUUGCAGUAUGUAGAAAACCUGGUCUGGCCUUUCCACUGUUUCCCAAUGCUGUGCAUUCAGAUUUUGAAAAUGGGACUAAUGAUAGACAACACACAAACAACUUGGACCCAGGUUGCCUAAGUGACUGCCUUGCCCUUUAUAUCCCAGCCCAGCAACUGCUCUCCUCAAAUGGGGCACUUCUGAGAGUACCAUAUGCUCCAGGGUGUGUGCUUAGCUUAUAAAACUGGGCUUUUAGUGCUGUAGCUCCAGCCACUGGAAUAAGCGGCUAAAAUUAAGACAGGUACCUAGCAUCAUGAUCUUUAAGUGCCUACUGAAGAUGCUUGUUUAAGGGGGCUUUUCCUGAGGUAUGACCCAGUCAUUUUGUACAUCUGCAAAAAAAAAAAAAAUGGUUUUAUUGCUUUUAUAAUUUGUAAAAAUUAUUUGAUUGUUUUAGAGUUUGUAGAGUUGGUUUUACUGGGUUUUAUCCAGUGCUGCUGUUCCACUCACACAACAGACUUCCGUUCAUGCAAUGGUACUUUCCCCACGUCUCCCCACAGCCUCUUCUGCACCCUCAAAAUCUGCUCUAGACAAUUGGGGGCUCCAUCUGGAACAGAUUUUUUUGAGGGGGAGAGGAGAUAGCAUUGCAUAGCACUGGAUGCGACCCUUUGUUUUUUUAGAACAUGGAGCUUUCGUGUUUUAUUUCAUAUUUACCCUGUGUACAUUUUGAUGGCUUCAGGAUGUGAAGUGAUUUGUAUAUUUGUAAAAUAAAGAAGUACUUUGGUGAGAAUAAAUAUAGCAAAGAAGGGAUGGUUCAGUCCUGGCACCAGGAAAUAAAUGGGAGGAUCUUGUUUAUUUUGCAUUUAUAUCCCAUCAAAAUGGAAUACAUAGUUCUCUGCUUCCCACCUUUAUCCUCACAGCAACCCUGUGAGGUGGGUUAGAUUCAAAGACAGUGACUGAGCUAAGGUCACCCAGUGAGCUUCGUGGCUGAGUGGGGAUUUGAGCCCUAGUCCAACAUUCUAACCACUAUAUCACACUGGCUCUUAAAUAAUAAGAAUUAUUGGUUCCUUAACAAUUUUCAGUUGACAUAAAAUUUUAACCCAAAGCAAUGGUUUUUACAAUCCACUUUGCAUCUGUUUCUCCUGAAUCCUUUAAAAAGCAUUUGGGGUUGUUCCAGAAUUUCUAGUUGUCACCUUUAAUUCUGCAUGGAAAAGAGGGCAUCUUCUUUUUAUUUGCUCAUGUUAGCGCACGACUUUAUUGUGUUCUAUUCCCACUCUAGCUCAGGAAAUGAGAUACACCAUCACUGCAUUAGUUUAGCCACUAGUGGCAAGGGGAAUAAUUUGCAUUAACCCAGAUACUGCUGUGAAACUGGCUUCUAGGGAACUGUAUUUCUUGGCAAUUUAUAAUCCAUCAGAUGUACUCUGGGGACUCGGAUAAUUGCACAGAAAUGCUCUGUCUAACGUGUAGAUUUUACAUAUUGCAUGCAAGCCACCGAUACAGAAUGCGGACAGGGUUAUGAAUCACUGACCACUCAGAAUUUUAAUGCCUUUUACAUUGAUCCUGCUUCCAAUGAAAUCAAUGGGGAAGCUAUUUUAAGGCACCUUGAGAACUUAAUGAACUGAGAAUUGCUGUCUUCGGGUGGUUGCCAGAUCUGGGCAGGCUAGUGGUAGGGCUGGUCCAAUAUAUCCUGCCAUCCCCAAGUUGCUGCACCCGCAGAAUCGGGGAGGAGUGCUUAAGCAUCCCUUACACCAGCCUUUGCCAACUUGGUGCCCUCCAGAUGUUGCGGGCAAUGGCUCCCACCAGCUGUAGCCAAGUGCAUUGUGCUGGCUGGUAAUGGUGGGAGUUAUAGUCAAAAAGAUCAGCAGGGCACCAGAUUAGCGAUGGCUGCCUUACAGUGUUGCAGAGGGUUAUGACCAUAAGGAGAGAGACAGAAGCCUUCACAUCUCUUGACCUUCGGCAAUGAGAAACCUACGCAAUCCCUUUCCAUUCUCAUUUUUUGCAUGCUGGCUGGGAGAAAGAGGAAAUCCCCAUUUCCUUCAGUCCAGGUGUGAAGGAAUGUUAAUGGCCGCACCGUUUAAUGUCCUGAUUCUGUUGUUGCAAAAUGGUUUAGAGUUUGUUCUGAGCAAAGCAAAACAAAGAAUGGACUGCGGUGCUCAUUGAUGCAAAACUCUUCGUUAUACCUCAGUGCAUUUUGGAAUAAAACACAGUCCUUCAGGUUCAGAAAAGGACACCCAAAAUAACCAACGGGAUGGAGCAAUUCCACUCUGAUUUUGUUUGUUUAGAGAAAAGACAAAUAGGAGGAGAGGUAGACAAAAUUAUGCACUAGAACUUGAGGGGAUCCAGUGAAGCUGAGCGUUGGAAGAUUCAGGACAGCCAAAAGGAUGCCCUUUUUUCACACAUCACAUAGUUAAAAUCACUCCCAGAGAAUUAGACAAAUUCACAGAGGAUAAGGGGUUACUCCUCCCCUAAAAACUCAGGUUCACUGCUUGGGUGCACUCCUGGAUCCACCCCAUGAGUCUAAACACCCAAGUUUUGGAGAUGACUGUAUGUGUGUUUGCCUGUUUAAAACUAGUGCAUUAGCUGUGCCUAUUCCUAGGCAUGUCUGACCUGGACAUGGUGAUAUAUGCAUUAGUUACAUUCUGUUUGGAUUGCUGCAAUGUGCCGUUGGGAAGCGUCUGGGAAUUUCAGUGGGUCCAAGAUGCUGAGGCCAGGUUGCUGACCGGAGCCGUUUACAGGUAGAACAGAAACUCCUUGUUAACAAGAGCCCCACAACAGUCCGUUUCCAGGCACAAUUCAAAGUGCUGGUGAUGGCCUACAAAGCCCUAUACAGCUUGGGUUCAGGCUCUCUGAAGGACUGUAUCUCCCUGUAUGAGCCUGCCUAGGCUUUAAGAACAUCUGGGGUCGCCUUUCUCUCAGUCCCGUCACUGUUUCAGGCACGUUGGGCUUUUACACCAUCCCUAAACUGCAAAUAGGCAAUCCACCUUGCAGCUUAAAGGAUCACAGUGGAAUUAGGUUUCCUUUUAGCCUAAAUGCCAGCUCUUUGCUGCCAGAAUUUGUGGGUAGCAAAGAGGGGGAGGCAGUCUCCAUUUACAGCACUUCUCCCCCUUAGUUUUGAGGAGGCUAUUUUCUUUAUUAAAAAAUAAUAAUUCAUACCUAAUGCCACACUUGCAGUAUGUAGAAAACCUGGUCUGGCCUUUCCACUGGAGUAUUUUCAGCAGCUACUCCCAGUUCAUGUAACUCCCUUCCAUGUUUCCUUUUGCCAAUAGGCAAAUACUUUAAAAACAAAACAAAACCAGGUCUUUUGGGCCACUAACUCUGGCUAUUGUGACAGGGGCUUCGGGGGGCGGGUGUUGCACAUUUCCUUUUCUUUAAUGUGUUUUUAAAUGGGUUUAGGUGUUCAAAUUCAGUGCUGUUUUUAAUAGGGCAACUUGUUUUUUUUAAAAAGAAUACUUGAGCUGAUCGAUAUGUUUUUAGUUGUAUUUGCUCUUAGUUGUUUUUGUUUAUGUUGUAAGCUGCUUUGGGUCCUGUGCUGGGAGAAAGGCGGGAUAGGGGGGGAAAUAGCAAUUUAAGAGCUUACUGUUCACAGCUCUUUUCUUCAUUUUGGUAAUGUAUAUCAGUGCUUGAUUUUUUUGGAGCAGAGAGACAUAGCAGGACCUUAAUGAAACCCACAGUUCCCACCCCUUAUUUCCCCAUAGCCAUAUAAUUUUAGGCAUAACAUAGCCUCCUCCAAGUAGCCUUAAUAGAAAAGUAGCUAAGGGGGACACGUCCACUUUUGCACACAUUGUAAUUUGAGCAUUGAGGUAAAUACAUACAAUAUAGAAAGGUAGAAUCAAAUCAUUUUUCUAGUGCUUUCCCCCCUACAACUCGAUUUUUCUUGCCUUCGUUUCAGUUUAAAAGUUAAACAUUAAGCAAUAUAACGCACACUCACUGCCACCGCCACCCCAUCCAACGCUGUCUCCUCCCCCUCUCCUCUUCAAACUGCAUUUCCAAAUGCAGAGCACUGGUAUCUCCAAAGCAGAUCCUCUGGCUUUCUUUCCUCCCUGAAAUCAGAAUGCUGAAAAAGGCAGUCACCAAUUAGCUGACUUUGCUCAGACAGACUCAUGCGGAUAAGAACAAUAAAUGUAAUUGGUUUCAAGAGAAUGUGCUGCAGCCUGCAAUAGUCUUUGGCAGCAUUAACUGUUGUUCGUUCCUCCUGAUGCACCAUGGACCACCCGGCGAAACCUUCCCUGAGACAGAACAAACACCAGUGAAAGGAACCAACGCUGCGUGUUAAGACAGUAGCAGCUAAAAUGUCUCCUUGCCUCAGUUGUGCAUUAAUUGAAAAUCCUACAUAAAGCAAAGCCAGGUUGCUCAGGGGGCAUACGAGAGAGCUCUCUGCAACCUGCAUCAGUGAAUAUUUGGCAGAACGCUUGGUUUUUGUGUUGGAGACAAAACUGUAAUUAUGCUGUGCAUGGCAUUAAAAAGAAUCAAAUGUGAAGAAAAGAGGUCAAAAAUGCAGUGGGUACUGCGGGCUUUCCUUGAUGUGCACACAGAGCUGCACUGCACCAGCAGGCAGAGGUGAAGUUUGGGGCGGCGCGGAGAAUGGUAUUUAUGGGGGUUGUUAAUCAAGGCAGUGAGCUGGCAGCUCCAAUCCCUUUGUAGCGGUCACUCCUGAACAAGUUUUAUAUGCCAGCUCUGCCCUCCAAUACUCACCGAGGUUACUGUUUAUAAACUCAUUAUUAGGGGCUAACAAGGACAUACAUACUUAGAAAGACCUGACAAGGAUUAUUAUGCCCUGCCUAGCCGUGCCUCCAUUUCCAUCUUCCUCUUUCCCUGGGUCGGUUCUAGAUUGUAAGCCUCUUUGGGUGGGGGCUGCCCUUCAUAAAACAACGUGUACAUAAAGGUCCCGUUGUUGCUGCUUCUGUUAGAUGGUAUCCAGCUAAGUUCUAGUUGGAGUAGAUCCCUUGAGAUUGAUAGACUUGCUAGUCUUAAAUCCACUGAUUUCAGUGGAUCUGUGCUGAAUGUGACAAAUUCUAAUCAAUGCCAAAUACUAAUCAGUCUCCUUGGUGGUGGUCAUGGUGUUCCUAUAGACCUGGUUCCUACAGACCUGAGAGGGUCUGUAGGAAAAGAGGUGGUCUCUCAGAUUUUGGGGGCUAAAUUGCUGAGGGCUUUAAAUGCUAGCAUGGGCACCUUGAAUUACUGCAUUAGUGUUGUGGUUCAGUGUUCUUAUGUUUGGUUGGAAUAUUGAGAUUGCUGCCUCAGUUUUUGCAGUUGGUAGUCCAAAGGGGACAAUAUUCAUCCAUAAUCCCUAGCCAGAAGUGACUAUUUGCACUAUGCCAAUUGUCAAGUCACUAGCCAAAUGGGCCACACUAGGAACAACAACAUUUAUACCCUGCCCAUCUGGCUGGGUUUCCCCAGCCACUCUGGGCGGUUUCCAACAGGAGAUUAAAAAUAUAUUAAAACAUCAGACAUUAAAAACUUCCCUAAACAGGGCUGCCUUCAGAAAGUCAGAUAGUUGUUUAUUUCCUUGACAUCUGGUGGGAGGGCAUUCCACAGGGUGGGUGCCACAACCAAGAAGGCCCUCUGCCUGGUUCCCUGUAACUUUGCUUCUUGCAGUGAGGGAACCACCAGAAGGUCUUCGGAGCCGGAACUCAGUGCCUGGGCUGAACAAUGGGGGUGGAGAUGCUCUUUCAGGUCUACUGGGCCGACGCGGUUUAGGGCUUUAAAGGUCAGCACGAACAAUCUGAAUUGUGCUCGGAAACGUACUGGGAGCCAAUGUAGGUCUUUCAAGACUGGUGUUAUGUGGUCUCGGUGGCCGCUCCCAGUCAGCAGUCUAGCUGCCACAUUCUAGAUUAGUUGUAGUUUCCGGGUCACCUUCAAAGGUAGCCCCACGUAGAGCACACUGCAGUAGUCCAAGCAGAAGCUAACUAGAACACACACCACUCUGGCGAGACAGUCUGCGGGCAGUUAGGGCCUCAGCCUGCGUACCAUAUGGAGCCAGUAGACAACUGUCCUGGACACAGAAUUGACCUGCGCCUCCAUGGACAGCUGUAAGUCCAAAAUGACUCCCAGGCUGCGCACCUGGUCCUUCCGGGGCACAGUUACUCCAUUCAGGACCAGGGAGUCCUCCACACCCACCUGUCCCCCUAAACUUGGGAUGAGAGUGCCCAGGGCCUACUGGCAUGGGGUGGGGUGGGCUUGGUUCAAUUUGGUUGAAGCUGAUAAUAAAUAAAUGGAAUAAAUAAAAGUUGUUAUACUUUCAGGGUGUGCAUGGCAUGUAACUAGGAAAAGUUGAAGAGAGCCCCUCAAAAAAUUAGCAGAGGUUGAUCCUCCACACACUUGGACUAAAAUCCAUAAAUUACUUCCACAGAAAGAAGUUCUGCUCCAUAAUAUUUCACCUUCAGAUCCUUACAGGGAAGGCAGUACUGUUAUGCUAUCAGGAAAAUGCAUUAUUCAACUCACCUUUGGGAGCAUAUAUACAAGACUCUGAAAUGCACAUAAAAACUGCCUCACGUUCAUCUUUCAAUCAUUCCUCAUCUCUGUGUUCGCCUGAGGGAAAGCUUAAUCUCUCUCCUUUUAGAAUGUUUAGAAUAGUUAUUGUAGUUUACCAAAAUCUAAACAGAUUUCAGGCUGUCAUCUGACAUUUUAGGUUUUUGCAGAAAGAAAUACUUUGCUGGGUAUCUUCAUGAUCUUUCUCAGAAGUGUCCUCUGAUGGACCUUCUUCUACAUCGUUGGGUCUCUGCUGUGUUUCCUGGUGACCAACAAUGGCGGUGCUUCAAUUGGUGAACAAUCCACCAUUUGAAUUUCCCAUCAUGCCUCUGACAUAGCAUUUGCUCUGGGGAAUUGUGCUGAAUGACCAAACCUUGGGAAUUGUGGGAAAUCAUAGAGUUGGAAAGGGACCCUGAGGAUCACCUAGUCCAACCCUCUGAAAAUUAGUGGCUCUCAGACCAAACUGCUGGGCCGUGACAGUGCAGGUGGGCCUUCCAUGGUGCUGAGGACCACAAGAGUUCCCUAAGGGUGCUGGUUGUCGAUGCUGGUAUUGGGGGGAGGGGGGCUCAGCAAAUGCCCUCUCCCUGCCUUCCUCACUAUUGUUUUUUGGAAUGUAUGAAGGGCAGCUCUUAAGUCUGUACUUCUUACUUGCUAUCUUUGCAGUGCUUCUUAUGAGGCAGCAGGAUUUUUGCAGGGAAAACAAUGCAGGUUGUAUUGACAUACUGAUAUAUGUCUGGGGCACCUUCUAAUGCAACAUUCAAUUACACUCUUGCAUUCAGCACAAUCUAGACACUAGUGUGAGUUAUGCAUGCUGUGUAUCCCUUUUCGUAGAUGCCCUUGAGAUAGCAGGGGCAGAGCCACACUGUGGGUGUCUGGCUUGCUCCAGUGGUGAGCCAGCAUGGCCCCUUGCUCCAGGGUUAUCAGCACCUGCUGGAGGAGCCAGCUGCCAGGAAAAUCACACUCCAGUAGGAUAGUUGUCUUCUUAGUCAUUUUAUUCAUAGCAAAUAACAUUUCCCCCCAGAAUGUAUUUAUUAAUUGCAGAAUAUAUUUAAUAACGAAAAGCUGUGCAUUGGGGGUCAGCUUGCAUCUAAAUGGGUGGUGCUGUGGGUUAAACCACAGAGCCUAGGGCUUGCCGAUCAGAAGGUCAGUGGUUCGAAUCCCCACGAUAGGGUGAGCUCCUGUUGCUCGGUCCCUGCUCCUGCCAACCUAGCAGUUCGAAAGCAUGCCCCAAAGUGCAAGUAGAUAAAUAGAUACUGCUCCGGCGGGAAGGUAAAUGGUGUUUCUGUGCGCUGCUCUGGUUCACCAGAAGCGACGUAGUCAUGCUGGCCACAUGACCCGGAAACUGUACGCCGGCUCCCUCGGCCAAUAAAGCGAGAUGAGCGCCGCAACCCCAGAGUCGUCCGCGACUGGACCUAAUGGUCAGGGGUCCCUUUACCUUUACUUGCAUCUAAAUACCAGUUUUAAUGCUCAUAUCUGUAUCAUUUUAUCAUUUGCAUAUAUUUGACAUAGACAUUAACGAUGGUGUCACUUUUGAAAACCAUUUUGAGUCUUUUUUUUUUUACAAUCAAACAACAUAAACUUUUAAAGAAAAAAAUAAGCAAACUUUAGUUUGAUCCUUACUCCAUUUUAACAGCAUGCUCUUGAGCAAGUUUAUUCAGAAAUCUGUCAAUGGGUAUGCAAUUUUAGGAUUGCACCCUUAGGAUUGCAAUCCUAUCCGCACUUUCCUGGGAGCAAUCCCACUGAGCACAGUGGAACUUUAUGGAAUAAACAUGCAUAAUAUUUUGCUAGUUGUCUCUCAUUCCAAUUUUAGAAGUGGUGAAAUGGAGUUUCUAACAAAAAGAGAUUUGUCAGUGAGUUCCAUGCAGUUUCAGAGCCCAUUAUAGACUUUUGUUCUCAAACAUGGGGAUGGCGACCAGAUUGGAGGGAUCAGACAUAUUCAAGUGGGUAUAUCAAGAUAUGAAUAGGAUCACACAAUUUCCAUUAGCUAUGAUAGUGAAGUUGAACCUCCAUGUUCAGAGGUAGUGCAUGCUGGGUUCCAGAUGCAGGGAGGAUAAAGGGUAAUCAUCACUUUAACAGCAUACCUGAGAGCUUCCAAAGGCGUAUGUAUUGUUCCAGGACAUGUGUGGAGUCUUAUUCCAUGUAUACACCUGAUCAGAAAUCCAUGAAAGCAGACGGAAUGGGAGAAAAUUAGUUCCACCUAAAUCAUGUUGAAAUCAAUAGGACAAAUCAGCCGUGACUAAUUUAAGUUCCAUUGUUUUCAAUUGGUCUUAGGUGCCAAUAACUUUCUCUGCCUGGGGCUGCUGCAGUUUGUCCUGGGAGUUCACUUUCAUUGUCAACAACUAGUUCUGUGAUUUACCAAAGAUUCUAGCUUCUUCCCUUUAUUUCCCCAAACCUUGGAAGCACUUUCAGUUAUGGUUGACGUAUAUUUCACUCCUAUUCCCAUGAUCAUGUAAGAUGAGGUAGGGAACUUGAUCAUCCCAGUUAUACAUUCGGUUGUGGAUGAGGCAUUCCAGUGAUCUUAUCCUGUUUGAGCUCCAUUGAAAUGAUUGCACUGCAAAUUCUUCUUCCCACAUUUCUCUACAGGAGUAUUGCAUGUGGAAUUGUGCCUUCUUCACACAACCCAGGGCACAUAUAUGUGCAUUUAAGCGCCAUUGAAAUCAGAGGGGCUUUAAGCACGGCAAACUUCAUGCUGGAUUUUAGUUACUGCGUUUUUAGGUUUACACUUAAGAAUUUUAAAAAGUGGGUACCCAAAACUGUGAAUGAGAUGGAAAUAUGUUUAGAAAUGUGUGCAUCGUACAGUUAUACACACUGAUAUUGAUUGCAGCAACCUCUUGAAUGUGUCCUCAGACUUUGGAUUUUCCUACCAGAUGGGGCUUGUCCAGCCCCCUUGUUGAUGGUCUUCUGCAAACAGGCAAAGCCCUUCAAAAAAUGGAAAUAUCCACUUGGCCUGCUGGGUUGUUUUGUUUUGCUCUGCUGUAUUUAAACCCACAUUUCUCAUUUAAUUGUAUUUUAACUAGCUGCCAUUUUUAUCUGCUCUAAUCUGUUUUUAUUGUCAUAUUGCUUACUUGUUGGUGAUUUGAUUAUUUUUUAUUCUGCAUGUUAUUGUUGUUUAGCUGCCGUGAGCAUUUUUGAUGGAAACGUGGAGUGUAUCUAUGUAACAAACAAAAUAGAGUAAUUUUCUUUCAGUCGCAUUCACACCCAGUUUCAAAGCAAUGCCGUUGCAAACUGUUACAAAACAGUUGCACUUCUUCUUUAUCACACAAUGAAAUGUUUCUCAAGGCAUGUGACUCACACUGAGGAGCAGAGGGAUGUGGGAGGAGGAUGCACAUUCAUUCCACCAUAAAGCAAUUAUCAUAAAAAUUCUGGUCCUCCUUUUAGCAACAGAAGAGGUCAUUCCACUGCAUCUCCCUUCAAUUCUUCAGCAAUUCUUAAGCAGUUCCUGUUAUUCCAAUAUAUAUGAUGGUAAAAACAACCACAAUGUUCCUCUUAUUCAAAACUAUUAAUAAAGUGGUAACUAAGUAGAUUUUCCAGCUUGCUGAUAAUCUAAACCAUUUGCUGAGUAAUAUUCUGUUUCUCUUCCCCCUAUUCAUUUAUCAGAAAUGUUUACAGUGGUACCUCGGGUUACAGAUGCUUCAGGUUACAGAUGCUUCAGGUUACAGACUCCGCUCCGCUAACCCAGAAAUAGUACCUCGGGUUAAGAACUUUGCUUCAGGAUGAGAACAGAAAUUGCAGCGCGGCGGCAGUGGGGGGCUCCAUUAGCUAAAGUGGUACCUCAGGUUAAGAACAGUUUCAGGUUAAGAAUGGACCUCCAGAAUGAAUUGAGUUCUUAACUUGAGGUACCACUGUACUUAUUCAUUUUCCCAUCGCUUUCCAAGGGGGUGGGAAAGUCUCAAUAAAUAAAUGCAAUAAAGAUAUAUCUUGGAAUCUGACUGAGUUCCUUUACUUAAUGCCUUGAGUCUCUGUGUUAACUUCUCCAUCAUUGUCAAAUUCCAGAUCUCGUGGUACCAUCAAGGAACAAAGGCUGAUGGCAGUUCUUGGCGAUCACAAGUCAUGCAGCAAUAAGAAGAAAGGCCCACAACAUCUUUAUACAUUACUGACAUAGUCUGCCCUUCAAAUAUGUGCAUCAAUGCCAGUUGUGGAUCAGAGAGGAGGGAUUGACAGGUAAUUUUGUUAAUUUCCUUGAAGUCAUCUUUCCAGAAUGCAGCAAAAUCAGGACACAACCACCACAUGUGAAAAAAUGUACCCUACUCCUCACAGCCUCUCCAACAAAGUGGCAAGAGUGUAUUAUUCUGUGGAAGGUGUAGGGAGUGAGGUAGUAAUGAUAAAUAUUUCUUAGCAUUCUCCCUUGCCCUAGCAGAGGUGGAUUUGUCCACCUUCAUGUGCCACUCUGAACAUCAUCUUUUAUUUGUAAGUGGAGAUCAUUAUGCCAAGGAAUUUUACCUAGAUUGGCCACAGUUCUUAAUGCAAAUAACUUCCCCAUUUUACCCACAUUCUGUUUCAGUCACAUUUAUCGUCAUCAAAACAAGAACCAUCUCAGAAUGGUCUGACGCAUUAGGUGGGUGGGUUGAACGGCUGGGGUGAUUCAGCAUAAACUUCUUUGCAGCACUAGUCAGUCCUUCCCCGCACAAUCAAGAAGCACCACUCCAUGAAAAAAUCGUAAUGUGCCUUGCAGGAGAAUCUGUAAGUAAAUCUUGAGAAUUAUGCUUUUUAAGCAGGCUGCAAAUGAGUAUUAAUGUGGUUUGUUUUAUAAUAUAGUUUUAAUCAAUAACAACAAACAACAAGAAUGUUGGCUGCUGGUUACAGGGUACAAAGCUGAGUCCAGCUAUGAAUAAAUAGAAGGAAGGAGGUGCAAGAAUAUUCAGAAGUCUCAAUGCAGGGGACCAAAAGGAUCUAAGGCAUCAGCAUCAUAUCCAUUACAAAUUGGAUUCGCCGAGUCCAUCGCCUUUCCAAAAAGAUACUUGAGCAUCAAGGUACUGCCAGAAAUGCAUAGAGUAACAUUCCUGCUCCCUGCCCCCUUUUUCUAUACUGGUGUUAAGAGUCCCAGCCUAUAUGUUCCAGUAUGUUCAAUAUACUUAUUACAAAGUAAGCAUACAUAGGAUUGCAGGCAUGCAUUGCAAUACAAAUGAAGUUACCUCUGAAAUAAGUCAAUAGGCUCAAUCGGACUGGCUUAUUAGUAAGUGUGCUUAGGAUUGCAUGAUUAAUCAGGGGCUGAGAGAAUUCGUCUGUUUUGGCCAACAAGGCUGUUUUGCUUGUUGCAGGACCUUGGAGCCUUUGGACACAUUCAGGGGAGCAGCAGCAACAUGGGUAACUAUUUGUUCAAGACAAGUUACCACCAGUGCAUACAGGCUAAUGUGAAGGUUGCUGGAAACAGUGUAUUUCAGCCAUCAAAUGUCUGGGUGAACAGGAACUUUAUAAAAAUCCCUCCUAAAAGUUGUUAAUGUGGCAGGCAGAUGCACCUCACUAGGAAGGGCAUUCCACAAACAAGGAGCCACCACCAAGAAGGUCUUGUCAUACGCCAUAGAUAGAAAAUGUAUAUAAAAGAGCAGGGAGAAAACCUUAGGGACAUUUGCUGUACAGAAACCAGGAGGACACCAUCUUGUUAAAUGGCUGCCUUUACUGUGAUUUGCCAUGUAAAUUAGUUUAGCCUUCAGUCAAAGCCAAGGACAAAAGAGAGAGGCGUUGAUGGGCUUCCCAGGUUUGGAGCACCUUCUUAUAGUCUCAGGGCUGCUACAGAAAAAUGUGGUUUUCCAGCCCACCACUAUUAUUAACUCCUUCACUAAUGAUACUCUGAACAGGCAACUGGGGUGGGGAGGGAGGAGAGAUGGUAUGGGGAAAGAUGUUCUUCAAGGCCCCUUGAUUUCCAGGGUGUAAUCUUUUGGAAAAUUCCUACUCUUCUUCAUCUCUGUUUUGGAGCCAGAGCAGAUAGUAAUACAGGCACAUGAAUAAUGAUAAAAAUCCACAAAUGGGAAGUAUAUUAAUAAUCUUAAGAUCUGUGUCUGUAUAAACAUCCACCCCACUUCCUAGGAACCUGCUGUGUCUGAGCUGAAAACAAAAGAUAAAGUUAUCCUUAUAAAAUAGUAUUUGUUAAGGCAACAGACUCUCAUUACAGGACAAAAUUGGAAAAGUUUAUCUUAUUUAAUUAGAAUCUGAUUGAUUGUGUUGUGUUAAAAAAUCUAAUAUGCAUAUAAAUCAGCUCUGCCUCUUUAGAGAAAACUUGUUAUGUGGAAACAAUGGGAGCCAAGUAACAAGUGAAAGCUGGAGUUGUGUUGCUUGGUGAAAUAUAAACCAUGUAGCUGAUGUCUCUUAAAUGCAUUUAUUUUAUUUUAUAAUAAAGAGAGAUGGACUGAUUGUCCCAGUGGCAUUUGGAAGUAGGAAAUAUGGCUAAAAAAAAUACUAUUGAAAGUAUUGUGUUGAAUUAAUUCCCUCUGGUUUAUUUCUUUUUACACUGAACAACAACCUGGAUUAAGUGGCAGAGUAAUCAAACAACCAUUUGCACCAUCCAUUCAGCUUCAGGGUACAGCCACCCCUUCGAAAAGGGUCAGUGAACUCCCAUGAUAGGCCCCAAGGAAAAGAGAUUCAGACAGUCUGAGGAAUCAUCAUGCAAGAUGCCCAAAUGCCCUGGACGUAGUGCUCCUUUCUUGCCUCCAAGAUGUCAGCUGCCUAUUCAACUCCUGCUUAGCUGAAAUUAGCUUGAUAUCAUGUCAUUAGUGCAGAUCGCCUGGAUAUAUAUGAGAACUGUGCUGGUAGGUCUUUCAGUUUUGAGGAAUAAAGCAUAACCUCCAUAAAUUGCUUAAGAGAUAAAUUUGGCAUCUAUCUGUUUUCAUCCCCAGUCACCAUUACUGGCUCUCCAGCCCCUUGAAGAAAAUGACUUCUUUUGCUGCGUUUGCUCAGCACAUAUGGACACAUCUUGUGGGCGAGAAGAAGUCUGGCUGGAAGGGCCGGUCGUGCCUGUUUGCGAUCUGCAGCUCCGUCAGUUUGAUAGUGAAUGUGUUCCUGUUCCUAGCAGGGUAUUCCUUCCUAGCGGACUACCCCACAUUCUCUGCAGUCGCACCCCCAUUCCUCUGGAUUGCCCUUUCCAUGGGUUUGUUUCUGUCCAGGCACCUGCGAUGCUUUGCUGCGCUUUUCUUCCUUUCCUGUGGCCUGCGCGAAGGAAGGAAUGCCCUGAUCGCUGCCGGGACUGGGGCGGUGGUAGCUGGCAACAUCCAAAACAUCUUCCACAACCUAAAUCAGCUGGUAGACAGCAUCACUUGCAUCCUUCAAUCGCAGCGUUUCUCCUUCCUCGGCCGCUACAUCGAAGCGAUUCGGUGGAUCUACAAUCAGAGUAAGAUCUUGGGCAACCCGUUUAAAGAUGUUGUGUCAGUGAAGGACAAGCUGAAUGUGUCUUACGCUGUUUCGGACGAAGGCUUGAAGCUGAGGUUGAGUGAGACGAGGCUCCGCAUCCAGAACAUUGCCAGGCAGAUCUCCUCCAUACUAGCCCUACCGCCCUACCUGGGCAAGAAAGUGCUCCCUCUGCUGGGGGUUCUUUUCAUCGUUCUUGGGACAUUACACUUCAUGAGGAAAUUCCUGAGUCCCCACAACAUCAAGUUUAAGAACACUUACAUUACGAAAGCGUUUAUUCGCUACGAUGAGCGGCAGCGGCAGCGAAGCAAGCUCUGCGUCCUUCCCCUCAGCAAAGAAGAAAGAGAGCUGUACACAAUGGUUCCAUCCUUUUGCCAGACCCAGAAAGAAAGGAAAUGCACAGCACGCUUUUUUCUCCCUGUGCUUGCUAACCUUUGCAUCUGGGCUCUCUUUGCAGCAGUAGAUUAUUUGCUUUACUGGCUCAUUUUUUCAGUGAGCAAGCAUCUCCAAGAUUUCCCUGAGCUAGAGGUCCAUUUGAAAUUGUAUUACCAUGUAAGUACCUUAGCUACAGUUACCAGCACUUUUCUUGGGCUUUUAUUGCUUUAGAUACAAGUUUUCUGCAGAGUAAACUUAUGCUAAAACACAGCGCAGAAAGCCUUGAAAUGAGGUUGGGUGGUGGAACGGCGCAGGCUUUAAAAAGUCUGUACGUAUAAAGCAAUGACAAAACAGCAAAAGGCAGAUUGGAACGUUGGUUAUGCUGAGUGUUCUGUGUGACCAGAGGAAACAGAAGUGCAAAAUUUGGGAGGCCUCUUUUGGGUGUCUUGUUGCAGCAAAGGCUCGAGCAUGAUUUGCAGGCCAAAGACCUCCAGUUUAAUCCCUGUCAUUUCCAGUUUAAAAGAUUGCUAGUAACAUGGCAUGGGAAGAUACAAGAUUUCAGUGACUGGCUGCUGAAUCAUUUUUAGGACUGGCAGAAGGGGGAGGUUGGUACGUGGCCUGCUAAGCCAGGAGAGCUUGGCAGAAGGACCUCUCUGCUUAUCUAACCCCGUCAGCUGAUGCAAGUGGGAUUUAUACUUAUCUGCCCUAUGUUAUAGUGUGCCAGGUUGAACUGAUUGCCAUUCGGGAAGAAGAGGGAAUUAUCCUCAAGCUCGGAAUAGGUGUUUGGGAAUAGUGCUAUGGGGCUAAUGCAGGACUGGCAUCAGGACCUGGAACUCCUGUGCAGCUGCUGCCGUUGCUCUGCCUAACCCCCCCCCCCCCCAAUUUUCUAGUUGCCAUGUUAAUUUCCCACAAUGCCUUCAGCCCAGCUCUAGGGCUUUUUGGGAAAUUAAACAGGUGGCUAGACCCAGCUGCCUAGUGCUGCUCCUGUGAUUUGAACCUCCAGAGCUGGCAGAAGAGGAGACCCACCGGAUCUCCUGCCACCCCCUCAAACCUGAAACUGAGGGGGAAGAACUGUCUUAUACUGAGUCAGACCAGUAAUCCAUCUAGUUCAAUAUUGCCAACACUGAACUGACUGCAGCUCUCUUGUGUUGCAGGCAUGACUCCUACCUGGAAAUGAUGGGGAUUGAACCUGAGAUUUUUUGCAUACAAGGUUUUGUUUUGCAAGCUCUGUCACUGAGUUGCAACCCUUCCUUUAAAGCAUCCUUUCCCAACCUUGGGUCCCCAGGUGUUGUUAGACUACAACUCCCAUCAUCCCUUACCACUGGUUGUGCUAGCUAGGAAUGAUGGGAGUUGUAGUCCAACAACACCUGGGGACCCAAGGCUGAGAAAGGAUGCUCUAAAGAUAUGGUUAAUGAAUUGGAGCUUCUUUUUUCCAUACAGUGCAGAAUGCAGAGAUGGAGGAGCAGAAUACUUGGGUUGACAUUGGGCAAAAUGAGCAUUGAGGUCUCAUAGAAAGGGUUAGCCAAUUUUGGGUUUUUUCCCCUGCAGAUGCAGGCAGGUUGGCCAGAGUCAACCCUCACUUGUGUGACAUGCUAUCAGAUGAUCCUCCAUCAAUGUGAUAAAUUUAUCCUGUUUUUGCUAUCUCAUCAAAUUGGUUCUGUGAAGUAACUACUUGUGGGUUUAAGUUUUUCACUGGAGGAAAUGCACUUCAGAUAUCCACCCCACCCCUGCCAACAGACUCCAAAGAAAUAGAUGGGACAGCUUGCAAAAUGGGAUCCCAAGAACUGUUAUAUAUCUUAUACACUCCCUUGGAACCCUCAAGAACUAAAGUAUUUCUAAUAGACAUCCAGACAUUUGUCUGCUUUAGUAGUACAGCCCAAGUUCUUUCCUUUUGCGUUGAAUUUUUUGCUCCUCAGCAGGUGAAUUUCCCAUUACUUCCUCUUAGAGCUGGUUGUGCUGAGCAAUCAACUUUCCUCUCUCCCCUAAAGAAACCAUUUAUCCAAGAAGCAAUUAUAAGAAUCUCAGGUGUUCCAGAGAGCAGGGUAUUUGAGUUCAGCAACAUAACUAGUGCUUAACUUCCAAUUACAACAAAACAGGAAGGGAUUUAAAUAACACCUGCUGUUGUGUGAUUGGACAAUGAAAUUUCCUUUGCUGCCUCCCAUGUGUGUGCCAGGUAAUUUACUCCCCAAAGGGGAAAUAAGGCAAAAACUCUGUGUAUGUAUGUGUAUUUAUUCCCAGUGAUUGCUAUCUCAAAUUUCUCCCAUGCAGUACAUCUUAGGAAGCAGUCAAAGCCACAGAGCAAAGAUAGGCUUUGCCCUCCCAUGUCCGAUCCCCAUUCCCCAAAUUAGGACUUGCAGAUAUAUUUCUGCUUGCACACCUUAAGCUGCAUUGACUGAAGGUAACACCAGAAUGUCUGAGAAAAUAUUGGAGGCAACUGGAGCUGGUAACACAUUGAUCCCAGAAGGCUGUUUUUAAUGCCAAUCGUCAGGACUGGGGCAUGUGAAGUGAUAAACACAGAGUACUUCUGUGCAUAGGCAAAGUGCCCAUAUAUCUCCAUUGAGCAACCAGAAGCAGACACUAUAUAUCAAUAUGAAAGGGCAUGUCUACUAGGUGUCAGGUGUGUUUAAAGUGAGUGCAAGCCUUCCAGCACUAAACUAUCUAGCAGAUUCUUGCAGACUUGGGUCACAAGUCUAGAGCAGGCUUCACCAGCCUGGAUGAUAUAGUGGUGCAGCAGUUAAACUGCUGGCACAUUUGCAAAGCUAAGCAGGGUCCAGUCUGGUUUCCAAUUGGAUGGGGGGACCACAUGUUGAGAUUCCUGCAUUGCAAAGGGGUUGGACUAGAUGACCCUCAGAGGUCCCUUUCACCUCUACAAUCCUAUGGUUCCUAUGGUUGUUCGACUACAUGUUCCCUCAUCCCUAACCCUUCUCCAUGCUAGCUCAGACUAAGAGGAGUUGUGGUCAAAAAUAUAUGGAGGGCACCAAGUUGGCUGGAUGAUGCUCGUGGAAGAAUUUCCAUGCUGGAUGAAACCAAGGGUCCAUUUAAUCCAGUGCUCUGUGGUCCACCAGAUAUAGCAAAGAAAUUGCAAUAUGGUGUGAUGGAGUUAGCAGUGCCCUAUUACUCUAGAGGUGGUGGUUGCUUUUGGGGAGGUUCCCCAGAAUGCCCCAAGUGCUGUAUUGUUCCAGGGUGAAAGUCAUAAUGUGGUGCUCAUAGGUACACCCACAAAGGUCUUCUCUGAGGCCCAUAGGGACCAUUUGCCCCCCUACCCACCACUGAAAUUUGCUUGAAAGAAGCCUUUGAGUGUAGUGCUUUGAAUGUUAGUGCAAGGGUUUUUGCCUGUGCAAUGGAAAGUCCCUUCUCCCUGUGUGCACCCACUAAAUCUGUUCUGGGGUUCACCCAACCCUCCAGAGCAGAUUUGGGGGAGAAUGUGGGAUGCCUGCUAGUGGAGGAGCAGAGGCAAGGUCUAUUGUGAAUUGCAAAUCCUUGCGCUAACAGAUUAAGUGCAUUGGAAACCAUCAUUUGUAGCCAAUACAUUCCCCCCCCCCAAGCCUGUGUUUGUGUGGCUGUACUGCGUGUAUGUUUCCAGCGUGUGCGCACACAUGUGGUUGUGAGUGAAAGGUUGAUGUGUGUGCAUGAGACCAACAGUUUCUCUGGUUUGCAAAUAUGUUCCCAGGCAUGGAGUAAGGGGAGAUAACAGCCUACAACGACAGCUGCCAAUUCUUCACUGGAAUAUUGUAAUGUCUAGUGAAUUCUGGGCAAAUGAGAUAUGAAUGGGACAGUGAAAACAAACCCAUUCAUAUUUAUUCACUCAUUUGUUACUCAUUCCUUUUGAAGGAAGUUGAACCAAAUGGGCUCCAUUCAGGUUUCCUGCCCCCCUCCCCAAAUCACACGCCUGCAGAAUUCACUGCCACAGGAUGUGACGAUGGCCAAACACUUAACAUGGUUUCAAAAUGACAUUAGGGAAAUUUAUAGAGGUAAAGUUUACCAAGGGAAAAUCUUUAAGAUACCUAAAGGAGUUUCCAGGUUGAAAGAGGCGUAUCCCACUGGGCAUCGAUGGGGGGUGGGUGCAGUGUGGGGUUUUGUGUCCCCAUGUCCUGUUGUCCGUUUCCAAUAAGCAUCUGGUUCUCCACUGGUGUCUGCUUGAAUAGGCGAGGUGUGGGGAACCUUUGGCCCUCCAGAUGUUGCAGAACUACAACUCCCAUCCAAACCAGCAAGCACGGCCAGGAGCCAAGGAUGAUGGGAGUUGCAGUUCAGCAACAUUUAGGGGGCCAAAGCUUCCCUAUACUUUGAACAGACAGAGCUUUAGUUUGAUCCAGCAUGGUUCUUACAUCCUUACCUAAGGCUGUCUCAGCUACUAUGUAUGAUGAUGCUUUAAGCAUUCCUUUAAGCAUUCUCCAAAUCACACAUCUCUUGCAAGCUGGUUGUCAAAGGGACCCUACUGGUUUAAGCAAUUGCCUAGAGCAGGUUUGACUCAGUAGUUAAGCGACUGUUAAUAUCCUGUAGGAGACUUGAAACACACAGAGACCCUGGAAGGAAUUUCACUGCUGAGUUGCAAUGCUUCUGCUUUGUUGGCUUUGAAGCAUCAUGCAUCAGGUAUUUCAUAGGAGGAAGCAAUGCUCACGCCAACCUCUUUUUAAUUUUUUUCUUUCACUUCUCUUGUGCAGAAAAAUUCCGACAAAUUCAUAUUCAACCAUGGGGAGAUUGUGGACAAUAAGACUUCCUUCAGCAGUCCUCUCUUUGAGCAUGCCUGUAUUCCCAGACCAAAUGUUCCCCACUCAGCAACUUGGAUCCAACUGGGUGUCAUCAUCUUCUUUUUAACAGUGCUUGGGCUGUGCGUCUCUACAUUUACGCAACUUAAAAUCCUAGUGGCAACAUCAUUCUAUCCCAGCACAGACGUGAAACGGAUAAAGUAUCUGCACUCAAAAUUAUUAAAGAGAAGAUCAAAGCUCCCCGAGAGGAAUGAGAAGAGGAAGCUGAAUUUGUUUGCAACGGUAAGUUACAAACAGCAUGGAAUGUGGGGCUAGCUUGGAAGCUAAAUCUUAAAGCUUGAUCCUAACCCUAGAAGCCUGUAGGUUGUUCUCUUGGGCUUUUUCCCCUUCCUGCUUCUUUUCCAAAUUAGUGGCCACAUGAAAGCUUGUACCCAGAAUGGCUUUGUUCUGGAAGUCUCUCAUGCUAGCUCUGGGAGAUUCCUGCAAGAUCUCUGACAGCCCUGCAAGAUCUCGUGAGACCUUCCGAGAGAAAUUAUGUGAAAUUAAAAGCUCUUUCUGCACAGGAAAACUUGGCAUGGAAGAAGUUUUUAAGUUGUCAGACUUGCGUGUGUUUAAUUUUUGUGAUUGGCCACCAAGUGCAUAAAGUUGCAAUCACACAAGUUAAAGGUAAAGGGACCCCUGACCAUUAGGUCCAGUUGUGGCCGACUCUGGGGUUGCGGCGCACAUCUUGCUUUAUUGGCUGAGGGAGCAGGCAUACAGCUUCCGGGUCAUGUGGCCAGCAUGACUAAGCCGCUUCUGGCGAACCAGAGCAGUGCAUGGAAAUGCCGUUUACCUUCCCGCUGGAGCGGUACCUAUUUAUCUACUUGCACUUUGACGUGCUUUCAAACUGCUAGGUUGGCAGGAGCAGGGACCGAGCAACGGGAGCUCACCCCGUCGCGGCGAUUUGAACCGCCGACCUUCUGAUUGGCAAGUCCUAGGCUCUGUGGUUUAACCCACAGCGCCACCCGCGUCCCAUAAAUGUGUGCAAGUUAUGAGUCAACUAUAUAUACACCAAACUCCAUUUGGAUGAAGGGGAGUGGAUGUUUAGCUACCAUCUUGUCUGAGAAGGGUGCUAAGCCACUUGCCCGCCCCCCACUUCUUCAGAGAGGAAAGAAGAAACAUAAAUUGUUCUAGACAGAGAAAGAUGGUAGAGAGGGCACCUGCAAAUUCAUUGUAGGCACUCACUUGUAAAUAUAACUAUAUUUCCUCUCCUCCUCAGUUACAUUUCUGGUUCCCAAUCCUCCGGGCAAUGAGGAGUUCCAGGAAGAAACAAACAGAGGUGGCAAAAGUCGGCAGCGUUUAACGACGCAAAGAAAAUCUCUAUGAAGAAAUCCAUGGUUUUACAAGUGAAUAAACGGUCUGAUGCAUUUGAUUUUUCUUACAUUCAUUCACUUUUCACCUCUGACUCUCACCUUGUCAUUCAGCUUUGAAGUCAUCAAGCUGUACAGACUUGUCGGUCUGACACCCUAAGUGAUACCACUGCAUAAUUCACAUAUUUCUUUCUGUACCUGCCUCCUCCCUUGCAUCUUCUAGUAGGAGAGCUCAGAAUUCUUUGCUUUCUUUCUCUUUUCUUUUCUGCUGCCUUUGUCUGAUCUUUGCCAAUGUUCUUUUCUGUGGGUGGAUUUGCUCCCCCCCCCCGCCUGGCACUAUAUAUCUAUCAUCACCCAAGUGUCAUCAGUCCCUCCAGCCACCUUCCACUUCAUGUUUUAUUUUUCACAGAUGAAAGAACUCUAGCUUUCGACUCAACAUGAACGAUGCAAAUUUGAAACGAAGGGUUUUAGUUAUUCAGAACCAAUUAGGAUUACUGGGUUUCUUUCCUAAUGUUGCUUCUAGUGGUGCUGUGACCUCAUUCCACACACACAAACUCACUCCAUCCUUGUGUACACCAGUGACACUGCCUAUACAGAGGCCCCUCUGACUCACCCAUUCCACCCAGAUUCUAAAAAUGCAGGACUUCCUCUCCUUCCUCUUUUUUUAUAAGGGAAUGAGAUGUUGAAUUUGAUGUGGGGAAAAAUCCCCUAAAUCAGAUCAGCUGCAGUUUGAAAAAUUAAUGAAGACCUGACCCAGUUGUCUUGGGAUGGCAAUCAAAACUGGCAAGGUCCGGAACACUGACACUCCUGAAGUAUGACCUAUAUGUAAUGUGCAGAAUGCCUGGAGGGUUGCUUGUUUAUUUUUCUCCUUUGCUUUGCUACAAAAUCCAAAGACUGUGAGUAACUCAUUUCCCCAGAGAAACUGCUCCAGACUUGCGUUUUGCCAUGACCAUGGUUGAACUGUUCAUUUCUAUGGUGGUAGCGUUAAUUUCUACCACUGGUAAAUUUUGCAGAUAGGAGGGUGGAGUGUUCAUGGGCACCAAGAUUGAGACACUAGGACAGUAGUAGGGGGGAGCUGAGUAUUCAUCUCCAUAGGUGGGACAACAGAGUAGAUAAUCCCUUAGUGGUACAGUGUAUAAUGUGGCCUGUGUUGAAUCCCAGGUAUGUCUAGCUGCAGGAUUAUAGAAUUGGGAGUUAUUAGCCAUUAUGAAGCUUAUUUGUAUUGAAUCAAGCAAUUGCUUGAUUAUGUUAAUUUGAAGUGAUAGCCAGGGCAUGUGUACUAAUAGAUUGAUAUUUUUUUUUGCAAGUUAGAUCAGCCUCAGAUGAGCUCCGAUGGUGUUGUGCCAGUGAUUCCAACCCAAAACAAAAAGAAUCACAGUGCCAGUAAUCUACCUACAAACGGGAAGCAUGUGACUAUCCACAUACAAUUGUGGUAAUAGCUUUUAUCACAGUAGGAGAGUUCCGUGAUGACUGGUGCAAGGCUGACUGCUUUCCACUUAAUCGUGAGGAUUACUACAUAAUACAGAGAUGGGACUGGGGCAUGGGAAGCCCACCUCCUCCGUGUCCUCAUAGAAAAUCACAAUGGACCUCAGAAAAGGUUUGCAUGGUAAUAUAAAUGCACUUAUUUAUCUAAAUAUAAAUGUCUGUAAAAAUUGUAGAGGAAAAUAGUCAUUUAUGAAUUGAGAUAAAAUGCUGAUGCAUCAUACAGAAAUCAAAAUUGCAGACUAAUAGGGCUCCAGAGUAGGUUGCAGAAGCAGGGCGAACAGAAUUAUUUUCAUCUGGUUUUUUGACCUAGAGAUACAAGAGGAAGAAAACAUGAUGUAAUCCUUCCAAAGGAAGGUGUCUCUUACUUCUGUCACCAAGAGAGGCAAUAAGAAUUAAGAGCUAAUAAGAAUUACUAACGGGUGGGAUUCAACAAAGUGUGCAGCUACAGUUUCCCCAUGAUUUCUAGUCAUGAGUCCAAGAGGUGGGGUUUGGGGUUUUGUUUUUUGGUCCUGCCACUUUCCUUGGGAAGACCUCUUUACAGUGGAGUUGGAACAAUUGUCAAUAGGGUUUUCUGCAGAUUGGAAUUUGCUCUGAUGUUGCAGUAAACAGGUUUUUAUCAGGUGAAGCAGUGGGACAAAAAUAAAACCCUUCUUGGACCUGUGACUAGAAAUUGCGGGACAAACAAAAAAAACAGCUGUGGAUGUGUCCCUAAAUUGUUGCACAAGUGGAAUGAGCUCUUUUCACACGAAGGCACAGUUCCAUCUAAAUCUCCCUCUGGAGGGUUGUGGGAACCCCUAGGGGGCGCAAGGGAGGAAAGGGGUAAAUCACUUAAGGCUUUGUUGAAUUGCACCCAUUGUUUUGUCACUCCUCUGCAGUAUAGCUGUCUUCAUGGCAGCUUCUACUAGAUUCUAAACCUCCUUGGUGCAGAAUCACAGACCUGAAAGACACUCAUGGAUAUAACCCAGACUGACCCCUCCCACCCCCAGAACAAUACUUUUCAUGUGCGGGAUGGGAAUGCAGUGAAGGCAAGGGCCUUGGUGUGCACUUUCAUCCCCCAGGUUAUUUGCGUGUGGCCAGAACUGCUUUGGGACCAGUCAGUUUCCAAUGACCAAAUGAGACACUCACAUGUCAAAGAUGAACUGUAUUGUGGGAAUUAUUUUCCCUCAGCAGCAACUGCAAUCACUUUGCCCACAUAUGGUGCUCGCUGGACAGGAACAGGCUGGCAAACCUGCAACGACAUGUUUCGUUUUUAUUUCUUUCAUGUUCACCUUCCCUGCCCACCCCCACCUCCCACUGCAAGAAACUUGUCAAAAUCAAAAUUGCACACUGCCAUUUUCAGGGCUGCAGGCUUUAUUUUCAACAGCAGUUCAAAACCCAUGGGUGGAAUUCCCAUGCUUGCAAAGUCCACCUUCAUGGGGUGUUUACUUGGAAUGUCCCUCUCCUGGAGACUUGUCAAAGCUUGGACCUGAGAGCUUUGAGGGGAGACAGAUAAGAUUUUCAAGAUUUGACUGCAUUGAACAGCAAAAAUCUACCCUCUUUCCAGCAGUCUUAAUGCAUCCCGUGUCCCAUUGCUUGAGACUUCCUGGCCGCAUUGAGAUCUGUUGUCCUGUUGUCUUUUUAUUUCAAACCAUUCCGGUUUUAAGGGGAAUGGAUUGUUUUUAAAGCUGGCAGAGAGACAUUUCAAGGUUCCUUUGGAAUGGGGAAGAGACAUAGAAUACAACAAAUUGCUCAUAGACUGGAAGGAUAGAGGAGGUUUUGCCCUACCGGACCUCAAACUACCAUGGGGCAACAGGUCUGACCUGCAUCCACGAAUGGAUGAUACUAAAAGAUACAGACUUGCUGGAUAUAGAGGGUUUUGACAACCACUAUGGUUGGCAUGCCUAUAGCCUAUGAUAAGGUGAAAGUCCAAAAGGGUUUCUAAACCACAUAAUAAGAAAAUCUUUAUAUAAAAUAUGGAGUAAAUAUAGAGGACUAUUAGAACCUAAAAUCCCCUGGUGGACCUCACCCAUAGAAGCUUUAGCUGUAAAGAAGAAAAAUAUGAAGGGAAACUGGGCAACGUACAAAAUGCUAUUACAAGAGAACUAUUACAAGAGAAAAGUAACAAAUUGAAAUUAAAGCACUUUGAAGAAUUUUGUAUAUAUUUGAUUGGCUUCAGUGCUUCCAAAUUAUUGAAAGAUUAGGCAUGAAUAAACAAAAAGGGUUCGCUGAAGAAACAUCUAAGUUAGAAGAGAACUUAAUUCAGCCCAAAUUUAUCAAAGAUGUACAACUGGGAAGUCAAGGAGGAGGAGGUGAAAUUGGUUAUGGUACGCUGGGCUCAAGAUACCGGACAUAAUAUAUACAGGUGAAACUCGGAAAAAUAGAAUAUCGUGGAAAAGGAAGAAAGCACGAAGUGCUCCAAAAUCUCCUGGUAGACGGCUGUGUUGACCCUGGACUUAAUGAAGCACAGUGGACCAACACCAGCUGAUGACAUGGCUCCCCAAAUCAACACAGACUGUGGAAAUUUCACAUUGGACUUCAGGCAUCUGGCAUUGUGUGCCUCCCCAUUCUUCCUCCAGUCUCUGGGUCCUUGGUUUCCAAACGAGAUGCAAAAGCUGCUCUCAUCAGAAACGAGAUUGACAUAUCUCACUUUGCAUGUCAUGAGUCUAUCUCAUAUAUUAGUUUCACCUUUUAAGUUGAAUUACUGAAAUAAAUGAACUUUUCCACGAUAUUCUAAUUUUCCGAGUUUCACCUGUAUAUGAUUGAAUGGGAAAGGCUUUGGAGGGAAGACAUAAGGUUCACCGCAUGUUACAAUUUUAGAGAAAACGGAUGAAGAUGUUAUACAGAUGGUACCUCACUAUGGCCAAGUUGUAUAAGAAAAGUUCAGAUGUCUGUUGGAGAUGUAAAAAUGGGGUAGGUACCUUUAUGCACAUGUGGUGGGAUUGUAAGAGGAUAAGAGAAUUGUGGGAUACUACAUAUAACAAACUCAAAAAGAUUUUCAAAUUCUCACUUUAAAAAAAACCCUGAAGCCUUUCUGUUAGGUAUUAUGUCCAUGGAAAUUUUUAAAAAUAUCAGACCCCUUUUUAUGUAAGCAACUGCAGUGGCUAGGAUCUUAAUAGCAAAUUAUUGGAAAGGCGAAGUAUCCCCACAAAAAUGGACUGGCAAGAGAAAAUGAUAGAGUAUUUACAACUUGCAAAAAUGACUGGGAGAAUUAAGAGGAAACUCAAAGCAGAAAGUUAUUAAAGAUUGGAUAAUAUUUAAAGAAUACCUUAAAAAUUAUUGUGAUAAUGCAAAUCUCCUGAAAUACCUAGACUGAAUCUUGAAACACAGAGAAAUUAUAUAGCAAAUACUUUCAUGCUAAAUAAUGGAAAAAUAAAAUAAUAAUGAAAUGCGUACAAUGAGGUGAAUCGGAAGUCAAAAAAGCGUGUUAUGUUAAAUGAGAGAUUGUAUGUGUUGUAUUGCACUGUUUAAGUUAUAUGUAAAUUGUUGUAUAAUAAAGGUUAUUUUAAAAUUAAAAGAAAAAAAGAGAUCUGUUGUCAUGCAGCCAAAGUUACGGCUGCACUAGAUUUAUGUACAAGAUCUCAGCUCAUAUGGCCUCAUGAUGAUUCCUGUACAUGUUCCCUUGCCACAUGUUUCUUCUCCCUUUCCCACACCAUUAUGUGCACUACAAGCCCUCCAUUCAUUAAGCCACACUCCUCAUUAUGACUUGAUAUUACUGUCCUCAAAAACAUGCUUAAGAACAGAGGCCUGCUUAGUUAAGAACAGAGGCCUGCUGAGAUACCACAGUAAGAAAUUCUAUGUUUUUAAACCUAUGCAUCUUUAUCAGCACCAGAGUGGCAGCAGGGCCCUCCUGGUGAUGGAGCUGUACUUUUAGUCAAAGGAGAGAGAUUCCUAAAAUCAUAUUAUGCAUAAAGGCUUACAGAAUUACUAUCAUCAUACACACCUGAUCCCGCUGCCUGAUCCGUUUGUAGACAUAUUCAGGGAAUGGCUCACGGGGAACGUAUCUCCCGUCUCCUGCUGCAACGUGGAACACGCCGUUUUGGUAAACCACUUUGCCUCGCGAAAUGGUCACCACUGCUACCCCAUGGCAGACCAUGCCUUCAAAUAUGUUGAAGUCGAUGGCUUGGUGGUGAGUCUUUGCUGAGAUCGUCCUGUAUUGGAAAGAACAUGAAACUAUGAUGCAAACUGUCACCAUGGCUGUUUUGAAAUCAGCAAAUUUUAGAUUCCGCUGAGCUUCUUUGAAGUCUAAGGAAAACAUGGAAUUGCGACAAAGGCAGCAAUCAUUAGAAACGCUUCCUUAGACGUAAGCUCCACUGGAACAAGCAGUGCUCACUUCCAAGCGUUUAGGGUGGUCUUUUAAAUCACAGAUUUGAAGCAAAAUCUACUGGAAAACAUAAAUUGGAGCUGAAAAAGAGUUUUUCCUCUUUUAGGUAAGAAACUCCGCUGUGAUCUCACUUAGCUCUCAUUAACUUCUAUGUAAAAAAGCUUCUGCAGAGAAACGCCUGGUUGAGGAAGGACUAUAUACUUUAGGAGCAAGCAAAAACAACACAACUGCCAGCGGUUCAUGGAGUAGUUACAAAUGAUUUAAGAGGAAGUAUUUCCCCAAAAAUAGAGAAAAGUGCAAUCUCAUUUUUAAUAGCAAAAUUUGGGAUGGGGGUGGGAGAGGGGGGGGUGAUUCCUAUACAGUGGUACCUCAGGUUAAGAACUUAAUUCGUUCUGGAGGUCAGUUCUUAACCUGAAACUGUUCUUAACCUGAGGUACCACUUUAGCUAAUGGGGCCUCCCUCUGCUGUCGCGCUGCCACCACGCGAUUUCUGUUCUUAUCCUGAAGUAAAGUUCUUAACCCGAGGUACUAUUUCUGGGUUAGCGGAGUCUGUAACCUGAGGUACCAUUGUAACUCCUGUUCUCUUAAAAUGCUGCAAGCAUCACCUGCAUCUGUUGAGGCCACCAGGUUAUUUAUUGCUUAUUUCUUUCUAGGAAUGCAUUCGCUCCUCAAUGCUUUUGCAUUUUAAUUUCACCUAAGCAGCAGAUAUUACGAAAACACCGCUUUUUCAUAUUUAUGUAUUCAUUCUAAAUAUUUGUGUAUCGUCCUUCAAAAGAAAGAAAAAGUCUUUCUCUAGGGCAGCUUACAGCAACAAUGCAAUAUGAAAAACAAAGAAAACAAUAUAGGUGCAAAAGCAGCAUUAAAACCAAUCACCGGAAGUUAAACUGUCUCAAAUCCCCACUUGACCUUGGGCCAGUCACUGCCUCUCAGCCUAACCUACCUCACAGCAUUGUUGUGGGGAUUAAAUGAGGAGAGGUAGAAUAAGGUGGAAUAAAAAUGCAAUCAAUCUGAACCGGUAAGAGUAAGAUCUGAGGGGUGGAAAUGCUCCUGUGACUUACCUUUAAACCGGUGACAUGAGAUUUUAUUAUUUAUUGAAUUUAUAUACCACCCUAUACCCAGUCUCUGGGGUGUUCAGAGAAUAAAAUAUAAAUAUAAAACCUUAAAGUAAAAACAACCCAAUAACUCCCAACCCCCAAAAACCACAUUUUAAAAGGGCAUAGGAUCCUCACAAUAUUUAAAGUAAGACAUAUUUACUUGCAUGGCUCAGGAUGUCCCAGGAACACACUAUGUCUUUUGUUAUGUGGCGACACUCUGCUCCAAGCCCAGACCCUUUGUGAAAAAGCCCUUUCAGAAUCAAGGUGAGGUUACAUGAUACAGCAUUUCCUAUAAACGGGUAUGCACUGCACCUUAGUUUUAGUCAUCUUUUUAUAACACAAGGGUUUGCAUGCGAGACUCAACUGCAUACUGGUAUAAUUCAAAUUGUGCAAAUAAAGGGAAUUUGGCACUCUUGUGCAACAAACUCCCCUUUCCCCAAAACUGGACUUUUUGUAGUAAAAAAGAAAUGCACCCCAAAAUGUGUGAUAACAUUUGCUUAAAGCAACAUUGUAUAUGUCCCCACAAACAAAACACAAUGAAUGCUGAAUAAACCUCCCUAUGAACUUUGUGCAAACAAAUCGGGAUGAAUGCUCAGUAAAUAGGUUGUCUGGAAGUGACCUUGCAGGUUGUUCCAUGCCACGGAUUUUCAGAUGCCCUACUUCUGUAGACAGCUGCAGGAGAUGGCUUUAUCUCAGCCAGACUCCCUCCUUUCCUCCUCUAUACUCACCCUUUCACAUUUUCCUUGGCUUUGAACUAUGUGUGUUAUUUUGCAAUGGAAGUUGUCAGAACUCCUCAGCAGAAAGGCACUCACCAGAGUCUUUCCAAAAGAGGAAGAUUCCCACCCCCCUCUAUUUUUAAACCAAGUGCAUUCACAAAACUGCAGGGAAUCAAUGGUUGUGCAGAGGGGUGUUCGCCCUGAAGCCAGAUGAUGAGCCACUGCCGUUAAAACUGCUUGCCAUAUUUGACAAGAGGAUGACUUUUUACCAACUAACCACAUCUACCAAGAAUCUAAUAUAAAGCUGCAACCAUAUCCCCACCUGUCACAGCAAACACUCUGGAAGCCUGAGUUCAGCACUGCCAUUUCAUCCCUUCCUAACAGCUGUGUCUCAUUCCCCUUUUACGUAUCUCUCUCUGUCUGGCAUGUCCAUGAUCUCACUCACCUCUGAAUCUUGUGAGAUGGGGAAAACUGCUACUUUGCAUGUGAUCUUCCAGAUCUUAGAGAUCACAAAACUGGAUUCCUAAGAUUCCACCUUACAAUCCUGUAUUGGGCAACUACCCAACUCAAGCCUCUUCCCUCCAUCUAUGCAUAAGUAACUAUGGACAUGCUCCAAGCAACAUGCAGGUAAAUUAGCCUGUGCAAUGUGGCACUGCACCUCCCUGCCCCACGCCUCUGUAAAGUUGCAUUUUAAGCUACAAAGCCAUUUUAUUGCUUUUAAAUCAGUGUUUAUUGGCAUGUUGUGACAUUUAAACCUUUUAUUCUUUUAUAAGUAAAUGUUGCCAUUGCAACUAGUGUGCUUAUUGCCAGCUCUCUGGAGCAAGAACCUUAGUAUUGAUUGUUCCUAAAUCCCCUUCAUUCCCCCUCCUCCCAAUAAGCAAAGUAAGCACAGUGCGAUCCUGUCUCUCUCAGUGCAUGCUGUUUUCUGCUGUAAAGAUACCAAGAGUAGUAUUAUUAAUAAUUCUACAAAAUUAGCUUUUUCUUGAAUAUGUGUGUUCACACACAUGUGUGUGUACAAACACACUAGCAGAUUUCACAGCAAAAUGCACUCUGCACCUGCUCAGGAACCCUCCCAUCAUUUCUUCCUCCAUAUGUUCCAAUGUUAAGCCUGUUAAAAUCAAAUGCCAGAACUGAGCCCUGAUCAAUCUUGCUCCAAAGAUAGCUCUAGCAGGAGGAAAAACUGUUCUUUAUUUAAGAGGCUUGGAGGAGGUAACCUAUUUCCCCAAACCAUCACCGUUAAAUGCAGGCUCAUCUCUUGGGGGUGCCAGUUAUAUACCCCUCUAGGCCUGAAGAGGUAAAAGGAAAAGCAAGAAAAUGAACCAGUCUUCUCUUAUAUCCAUCAAAUUUGUCAAUAGUUCUCAACCACCCUGAUAAAAAACCAAAACCCAAUACAGCAGCAAUUCUGAAAUACAAUUUUCAACCCUGUGAACAAAAGUCAUUCAUUCUCAGUGCGGACAGGACCCAAUUCAGAUCUAUUAUUUAUUUACCUCUGAGCUUUAAAGAUGGACUAAAGGUCAUGGGAACCCUGCUCUAAAUAGGAAUGUACUUCAUGCUUACAGGAACACUUUUCGUUUACUAAAGGUCCACUCAUUUCCCUCUCAAGGCUGCUGCAGCUACUUAUCCCUCACAAUUUAUAACCCUCAGUCAAGGAACUGCUGCAGCUCAUCUGCCUGGUGGCAAAGGCGGCAGAGGGUGUUUGAGACUGAGCCAUCCUCCCUUCCACUCAGAGCUCUUGCCUGUCACAAAUUAAGAGUCCUCGGCUAAGGCAGCACUGAAGCCCUCCAUCUUACCUGCUUGGAAUUCUGGGAAUAGGCUUCAGAAAGCCACUGCCCUGAAGGUCAAAGGUGAGGUUGGACGUGUGCCACGCUGCCCACCGAUAUUAGGCAAUAUGUACCAACAAGUCGGGGGAUCUCAGCCUUGUUAGAUGGACCUUGGAGCAUUUCCCUGCUUUGCCCCUCCUUCAAGUACAUAUGGGAGCUGGGUACAAAAUGGUGGCUCAUGGAGCAGAUCCAUCUGCGUUCCUUACAGCAGGACAACCUGAGCGCACAACCUAAGUGGAAAUUUGCAUUUGACCGGUCAUCAUGCCAUGAAUCUGUGUGCUAAGUUGCUCCAUACAUUUGCAUAAAAAUAAUGAUCCGGCUUAGUUCAUUCAUCUGCCUGAAGUUCUCCUGAAUAAAACACAAGCCUUGGUGUAGUGAACAGACCCUUUCGUCAUUUUGUAGCUUUCCUCAUUUGCCUUGGUGCCCCUGCUUUUCAACCAAAACAGACUUUCAAAGCAGCUUAAAAUCAGAAUCCAAAGUAAAGGUACACUAGGGAUUCAUGGAGUCUAGAUUCCAGGCUCCUUCCUCUGGAAGAGGGCAGAAUGUGUUACAGGUAGGGCAAGGGGCAGGUAGCUUAGGCUAAAUGCCUAAGCAGCCCUCUCAACUCUUCCCAGGCCACACCCCUCCCCCCCCCCCACUUCCACAAGCACUUUUGCCUGGUGGAAGUGUGUCCUUGACCUCUGAUAAUGCCUCUUGGCUGCCAGGGUGGAAGACAGUAGGGUGGGUGUGGAAAGAAUUUGCAUUCAUUUCUCCAACCACUUUCAUCUUUGGCCCUGCCCACAAGGGCAUGCAGCAAUGGAAAGCUGUUCGGAUGGGAUUGUGGCCUUUGGUCUGAAAAAGAUUCCCCAUACCUGAGAGACCAACUAGCACAAGUAGCAGAUUUGGGGCCUAGCAGUCCUCUACAUUUCCCAAGGUACACUGUUUUGGGCUACGGCAUAAUUGCCACACUGUUCAUUCUGGUCUUGUGCUCCUGUCACAAUAGUUAAUAAUGCUUGGAGUUCGGGACCAGAGUAUAAUUAUCUCCAAAACAUCCUUAGGGAAGGGAACAUAUAAAAUCCACUGGCACAUUCAAUUUAUGGAUUCAGAAACAAUGCAAAGUGAGUCAAGAAACAAAUAAACCCCAAGUGUAUCAUUAAAAAGUUGAGAGAGGUUUGUGUGGUUUUUUAAAACUUGCGAACUAUUUUUUAAAUACAGAAUUGGAACCACUGGGCUGUUCUCAGCCUGCACAGACAAAUGGAUGAAGCUGGUUUACUAAAGCUGGUCCCUAAAGCCCAGAACUAUCCACUCUAACUGGCAGCAGCCUUGCUUGCAUGCAACACUAAAUCACAGUUAACCAUUGUUUGGUUGAUAAACCAUGGUUAAAGCUCAAGUCAUCUCCCAGCCAAUCAUGCAAACCAUGGCUUGCCAGGCCACAGCCUAGUUUCUCUUCCCCUUCUCCCCAACUCCCCAAUAUCCCAAACAUCUUCACAGUUCACUAGCAAUUCCUCACUGGGCCCACAGCCUACUAUUAGCCAACUGUACAGAAGAGAGCGUGGAAACCCUGCUUGGACACUCUUGGCAACUGGCUCUUGCCUCUCCCAUGACUCAGGCAGGGGGCUGUACUACUUUUGAUAACUGAGCUCCUUUGUCUGGAGAAGGCAAGGAUGAUCCCAGGACCUUGGGUGGAAUUCAGUCUCACUAUUAUGAACGUUCCACCUGUGUAAGCUUUUCAGUUUGCCAGAUGGAAUGAUCUCCCACUUUCCUCCCCUGUGCGCUGUUCUGGGGGGUGGGGUGUCUCUUGACCCACCCACCCCUAGUCACUUUCAGGGAUGCACGGGGGUAGGAGAGCGGGGAAGGCCGUUGCACAAGCAGAAGUCCUAGAGCAGUGCUUCCACCGACAGGGCUCUUCAGGUACAAAUCUGGCCCCUUGUGUGCAAGUAAAGCACAUGUCCUACCAACGAGGAAUGGCCAUUUGCCAAAACUAUUAUAGCCUACUCUUCAUUUAAAAAUAUAACUCCAGAGUGGGUUACAGUGUAAUAUGCAGUAACAUAGAUUACAAAAAACCAGGAAGUAUAAAUGCCAUAAUAAAAGACAGCAGUCAGUGAGGCCAAAGCUGCCCAACUCCAUGUCCAAGGUCAAUAUAGGUUGGAUCUGUGUAGAAAGUGCUUUCUACACUUGGACUGCCAACAUAUGUUGUUGCCUAUUACAGGUGUUGCCACCUAUCAUAGAUUCAGCCAACACUGAGGGCACCACCACCUGGGCUCCCUGCGGAAAUGCGAGAGGCACCAUCAGUACUGGCAUUCCACCGGCUCUUGAAGACACAGCUGUUUAGGCAAG